AGUUGCAAAAGAUUCGGGAGAGUUAUGGAAAAGAUGUAAGUUGUUGGAAUAAGUUGCUUGCUGCUGUGGCUCAUUUACCAGGAUAGGGGGAGGCGAGCAAAUAGGUGUAUAAAAUUAAGCGCAGUAGAGAACGCUAAACUAGACGGACCUUCCGUCUGAUGCGGCAAGGCUCUCCUCAUAUGCGGAGAAAGAAGAGAGCGGGUUUCUCUCUCUCAUAAUACAGGUACUAAAUCCAUUAAAUCUGAAAGAUAGGAGGUUGGGGGGAUGAUGCAGGACAGACAAUAGGAAGAAUCUCUUCAGCCCGUUUAAAACCACCGAAUUCGCUGUCACAACAUGAGAGAGAUGGCCGCCAAACUGGGCUGCUUUAGAAAGGGGAUUAGACCAACAAGGCGGCCAAUGGCUAACCUCUCGUCGCUAUUGCCGCCAGUCAUCUGAAUGACCGGCUUCUGGUGCAUCUGCGAGUCGGGGAGAACGGGGCUGCGGCGGCGGGGCAUCAGCUUCGCCAUUGUGGGAGGCGGCGGGUGCAGGACUAGCCGGAUCCAGCUGGGUCUCUCCUCCUCGCGCCUCCUUUUCCUGCCUCCCUCCCUCUUCCUGCGUCUUUUUGGGCGAAGCCGUCGGAGGCAUCAUCCGUCCCGCCCGCUGCCUGGGAGGGGUUACCCUGAUGCCGCGAGGGUGGGAGGGGACGAGCGGACGGCGGAGGCUGCAAGCGGAGCCCCAGUAGCGCCGAGAGAGAGAGAGGGAGGAGGAGGAGAAGGAGGACGACGACGACGACGACGACUGGCGGUGGUUUGGGUCGGUCGGGGCCAGGGAGGCUGGCGCCUGUUGUCGCGCGUCCCGGCUCCGGGUGUCCCGCCAGCUGCCUGCUGGGGCUGAAGGGAGCAGCGAGCGGGGCAGGGAGGAGCAGCAGCAGCAGCAGCAGCGCGCGGGCGAGGAGCCGAGGGCGGGCGCGCGGGACGGGCAAGGAGGGGGUCGGGUCCGCUGCUCCUCCGCUCCUGCUGCAUUGCAGCCUCCCUCCUCCUGCCGUCCGUCCCCUUCUCCCUCCUUCCCUCCCUCCCUCCCUCCGCGUCUGGCGCGCUGCACAAUGGCGGCUCCCGGCCCCGGCUCUGGCUCCGGCGGCGGCGGGUCCCAGGCGGCGCACACGACAGUCAGCAGCAUGCAGGGUAAGGGAAGCGCGCCUGGGGAGGAGCGGCGGCGGCGGCGGCGGCAGCCGGGCCCGAAGCGACGCCCGCGGAGCCUGCUGUAGGCCGCGCGGCGCUUCGCUCCCUUCCAACCCUCGCCGCCCACCACACGCUCCCCGCCUGGCUAGCUGGCUGGCUGCGGGGACGGGAGGGGGCGCCCGAGCUGGACCAGGCCUCGCCGGAGACCGAGAGGCCUCGGCCGCCUGGAGUUCUCCAGCGAAGCCGAGAAGAGCCACUUUCCCGUGUGGGGCUCCGCUGGGUGGGAGGGGGGUGUGGUGUGUAGGGAGGGAGACGAGGAAAGCGGGGCGGCGGCGGGGAAGCUUCGUGUGUGUGAACAGGCGCUUCUGGGCCGCAACACGGGUAGGGGUGCAGUUGGGGGUGGCGGCUAUACGUGUGCAUAGAUGUACGUGUGAGGGGAAACUCGGGGCCUUCUAUCUCUGCCCGGGGCAUGUGGGCGGUUUCCGGGUGAUGGGAGUAGCCACGGUUCGGGGACUCAUCCCGGGGUGUAAGCCUGGGGAGGGUGUGGGGAGCCUAAUCGCCAGGGCGUGAUCACUACUGGGAAAACAGAAUUAAUAAGCAAAAAAUACGAGGCUGACGUCUGGCUGACUAACGAAGGUAUGUGUCGGAAGAACGCAUGCGUUAAGGUCGGGGUAGAGGUAGCAUGUCCAUGUUGCUCAUGUCUGCUCAGAAGUAAGUCCUGUUGAGUUCAAGGGGAUUUACUUUCCGGUCCGUGUGUACAGGAUUGCAGCCUAAUUGCCCUUGGGGUGGGGUGGGGGGUGUAGGGGUAAACAAAAACUAAGUCUGUGUAGGUCCCAUAGAUUUAAAGCACCUCUCUAAGAGUCCUGAGAACCUUAUAAUUUAACCCCCACAGAGCUACAGUUCCCAGCACCUUCACGGAUUACAGUCCCCAUAAAUUGGUGGCGUGUUUGUGUAUGCUUUAAAUGUAUGAUGUGUCUGGAGUCCAUAAGUGGUUUUUCUGUAGGCAUGCAGGGGGAAAGUGGUCUUGUGUGUUUUUUAGGAGUGCAAUAUGUAGGUAAAUUAGAUGUGAGGCCUUUCUGACAUUGAAGUUAGGCGGUGGUUUUGGUUGAAUGGGGAAUGCAUAACAGUGAGUGCUUCUCUACUCGAAUAAAGGGAGUACUGUAUCAGAUUAUUAGUAGGUGUGCUUGUAAAUAAGGAGGAUGCAGAGUGCAUGAAUGUGAGAUGUGGAUGGAAAGUGCAAGGUCCUUUUCUCAGCGUCGUUGCAUAUUGAGCAAGUGUUUUUGAGAAACAGAUGUUGGCUUACCACCCCAUAAUUCUGAUUAUGCCCAUAAGAAACCUCUCUGUGUACCUACUAAAUUUUUGGAGAGGGGACACUUUGAUACCUAUGUAUAUUUAACAAAAUAAAGCUGAAAGUAUAUCUUAAUAUUUACAAUGUAAACUCAACACUGUUUUCCUAACAACUCCAUUUAAUACAUCGAAGCUAAAAUUAGUGGUAUUUCCAGUGAAAUGAGUAUAGGAUUAGGUUUGUACUGUUGAAAUAAUGAAUGGUGCUGUGUGACACCAGUGAUGCUGUUUUAACACUUAAUAAUCAGUUCUCUCCUCCCACAAAUGUGUAUGAUCACUCACUGCAGUAUCUUGGGACACGGUGUUCUCAGGAUUGGCAUAUUGCUUUCGAACCAGCUAACCUGGAAAGCCUGUUACGUCCUGCAAUGUACAGGAUUUUGGACAUAACUGAUAGCAAUUGAAGGGGCUCUCUAGUAGGAGGACUGUGAAAGACAUCUGGAGAGCUGCUGCCAGUCAAAGUAGACAAUACACAGAGGGACUGGUGGUCUGACUCAGUACAAGGCAUCAUCACCUGCUCAUUAUAUGCUAGGAAGCUGCCCUUGCCACUUUUCAGCACCAGCCUAUGUACAUGCAGCAAAAUGCUCAUGUUCGCAAUUGUCAAAUACCUGUAUGUUGUUUGCCUUCUAUUUCAUGUAUAGAAGUGCUUCCCAUAUAGGGAUUUUGUUGUGUUUGAAGUAUCCUUCAUAGAUACAUACAAACACCAGACUAGUAAAUGUUGCUGAGCUUUACUGCUGAGUUGGCACUGGACACUAACCACCACCUUUUUUGGGUGUGUGUUACAAAGUGUUCAAGGUCAGUAUCUGAGAAACUACAUAUAUAUUGUUAUAUAUAACUGCAAAGCUAUGUAGACUUCUCUCUUAAGCUGCAUUAGAUGGAGUAAAGUACAAGUAUAGGGAGGUGUUUGCUUUUUAUUUACACUCCAAGUGCUCUUGAUUAGGUAAUUAUAUGAGAGGCAGAUUGUUCAUUGUACAACUCUGAUGGUCCUGUAAGCAUCUCACAAUUUUGUUGCAAUAUAUUAUUUUGUUGUUUAGCACCUGGAAGUGCAGUACCACACUCACUGAGUUUCUGUGGGUAACAAGAAAAAUGUUUGCCAGAUGCUGCUUGCAUGUUUGGCCUAAUACUUGGUUAGAUCCUAAAGCAAUUAGAUCCUUAAUAGCUCUUGUAGCAAGAGACUCCCCUUAUUGGGCUGUUUCUUGUUUGCUUAGUGUUUUAGUUUGGGAUCUCAAGAGUGUUGAUUGGUAUAUAGCAGGCUAUUUGGCUUUUCCUUUCCUUUUGUUUUUAGGCCGUUAAAUACUCCUAGUAUUAUUCCCAAUUAACAUUCUGUGUUAACAUGGGAAGGAUAGGAACACACUCCAUACUCUUGUAGUAGAAACGGUACUAUGAGCACCUAGGAGUUAACUCUCAAUAAUACCCAUGCAUUUGGGUGCUCAAGUAAACCAGUAUGUUAUGAUAUUUGAAUUUUGAUUACUCACCUGGGUAGUCUUGCGGUAAAGAGUGUUUGUUCCUCUGCAUAUUGGAAAACAGCCCACAUUGAAAGGCAGGACUUCAGGCUGGUUCCCACAUUAUGGUGUUAAGUAAGGGAAAUGGCUUUCGAACCACUCUUUUGCCUAAAAUAUGCAGGAUAUCUAUUUUUAACCCUUAACUUUGGUUGUUGCAAAGUAAAAGUUUAUUGCAAGGGUUUGCUGAACCACUCUGUGAACAUCACCUGUACUUGUGUCUUUCUAAUGAGUAGCACAUUUGAAUCAAAAUGAAUGAUCACAGCAAUAUGUUACAGGUGUACAUUAAUUACUUAAUGUAAAAUCACAAUAUGGGAGAUGACCUUUAGUCUUGUAUAGAACCAGUUCUCUUCACCAGGCUGCAGACUGCGCAGAUGUACUGCUCUUUGAAGGAAAAAAACAGUUGGUUUUCUUCUAUCCUGCCUUUCUGCCUGCUUUCAGUGUUAGAAAUGUAAGUAUUCAUUCCUGGCAAGAAACUUAGCUGGUGAUUUUAUUGAAACUCAUCACCUAAUUCGUUCAAAGGCUAUGAUGAAUGAAAACUAGGAGAUUUUCAUUAUUAAAUCAGUAUGGAAAAAUCUUGUAUUUGUAAUUCAGUACAGUGUAUCUCUCCUCACUGAGAUCUACUGAGUCCAGGUGAUGUGCAUAGGACUGCAGCCUAAAUCAUUGGUCUGAGUCAGCUUCAUUUCUCUGCACUUGUUUUGUAAAAAAAAAGCUGUGUUCUCAUUGCUGGUUAUAUAACCAUCUUAAAAUUGUUGAUUUUGAAUUGAAUUGAAAGUGCCUACACUAGAUUUCAAAAAAAUAUGAUGUAGGGCCAUAGAUCAUAAUCUUUUCAGGUUUAUAAUCUUUUCAGGUUUUCCUUGUGCUUCUUUACUGAAUUAAGAAAUCCUAAACAACUCCUUUUUACUCAAAACUUGUAUCAAACUGCAUUAGAAGCAGGGCUUUUUUUCCAGCCAGAACUCCGUUCCGGCACCUCUCAGGUGGGUGCCAUUGCUAUUAUAAUAUAACAAGGGAGGCGUUCAUGGUGAGUUCCGGCACUUCUUUUUCUCGAAAAAUAGCACUGAUUAGAACUGUGAGCACGAGCAGAAUUUGAGGAGUUGUGUUGUAUACAUAACCUUGUGAAAAACCUGUAGUUCUCUUUUCAACAAGGUAUUAAUAGACCAGUGGGCCUGUUUAGACCCCAGUUCAUGUGUUGAUACAGCAGUAAAUAAUGUGUAGCUCUCAUGCACACAAGAGCUUCCUCAUUUACCUGUGGCAGGGUGGCAUCCCAUUACAUGCAAGGAGCUACCCAUCACUAAGAGCUCCAUAUGAGCAUUGGAGGUCCUGUGAGUCUUUAGAUCAGAGCAGUGAAUUGUAAUUAAAUGUCAGAAACAGUCCUGUAGAUCUUUCUCAAUCCAUAUGCCUAAUUCAAUUAUAAUAAUAAUAGAUAAGUUCAUAUAAGUCAUGCUGUGGAGUUGAGUUUGGCACUUCUCCUUCCCAAGAUUUAUUCAGAUGGUAAGUGACAUACUACAGCAGUAUCUAGUUCAGUUCACUCGUACCAUUUCCCCUGUGUCAUUUCCCACAACAUAGGUUUUUGUUGCAUAAAUGUUGUAUAAGUGCCAGCAUAGGAAGAUUUCAGUCAAGAGCUCAAGUGGAUGUUCUCCUCACAUAGGAAAAGUAGACCUUUAGUGUUACCAGCUAAAAGCAUGUGAAGAGUGCAUUAGCUUCUUCUUGAAGUGAACUGUUGGAAAUUGAUUGAUUUUGACCAUAUUUCUGUUCUGAAUGAAAUACUUUGUUAUACCACUAUAUUGCUUCACUUGGAAAAUGUUUUUGUGCAUUCCAAGGUUAAAGAGAAUUUAGUGCUCAGAAAGAUAAUGCAAUACUAGGUGCGUGCCCCCCCCCCAAGACUCCAUGGCUUGAUUCUCAUCCACAGUCUUAUCAAGGGUACUUGAGAUAUAUAAUAUUAUAUAUUCCAGAAAGUCCCAACUGAUUGAAUGGGUGGUAAAAUGGCAAAUGCAGGUCAAUGUGAACAAGAGUAAAGUGCUGCAUGUCAUGACGACAAAUAGUAAUAUUAAUAUUAAACACAUGUUCCCGGAGUCUGAGAACAGGACAGAGGCCUUGGGGUCGUAGUGGAUAGCUCAAUGAUAAUACAAAAUCUAGCUAUGAUGGCUCCAUAGUUGGAGGCAGUAAUGCAUCUGAAUACCAGUUGCAGGAAACCAUGGGGUGGUGUUGAAGGCUCUUCUGCUUGCCUCCUGCUUGUGAAUUUCAUUUGGCAUCUGGUUGGGCAUACUGUGACUAGGAUGCCAGACUAGAUGGGUCAUUUUUCUGCUCCAGCAGGCUCUUCUUAUGUUCUUAAAUCUGCACGGGAUUAUAAUUUGUAGGCAGGUUCUUCUGAAAGGCUCAGAAUCAUAACAUGUUUCUAGACCUCAUGCUUUUAGAAAAUCUUGGAAACAUGUAGGCAUACCAGUUAAAGGCUUGAAAAACUUUAUAAUGAAUUGGAUGUUGUAUUGGUUCCCAUUAGUUAAUGAAUACACCCUCUUUGUUCUUGGACCAUGCCAUCUAAUACCUAUCUUUUUGCUACUAUGUUUUUGUUUGUUGCUUGCUUCUGAUGUUCCUUGUGCCCUCUAUAUUUACAUCUGACAACUUUAUUUCUUCAUUUUAGGCCAAAACAAGUUUCUUCAGCCCAUCCAAAUUUUGAAGUUAACAUAAAAUAAAAAUAAUAAGACAGUUGCUCUCUAUAAUCUGUGUUUAGAAUUCAGAUGUGUCCUGUCCCAGAGGAAACUAGUUAGCAGAAACAAGCAUUGCUCCCUUUACAGCCAAAAAGUUCUUGAUUGUAAUAACAGAAUGGAACAUUCUGAAAGGAUGUCAUCUACUUUACUGAGACCAUCUUGGUUACUUUCCUAUAGUCCUUUGCUUUUUAGCUGAUUUGGCUAGCUUUUUUCUUUCUUGCCUGAGGCUCUUGCUGAGCUUAAGUACCAUAUCUUCUGGAUUUGUUCAUUCAUGGUCCUUUUCUCUGACUCGAGAAAAGAUGGCCAAACUUUAGAAAGUGUAGCUUUCAGUGCUGGAUAGCAAAUUAUGUCAAAUGUUAAGCUGUAUGAGUAGGCUCAAUGUGCUUCCAAGCUGUUGUCAAAUGCCAGAGUAGAUUCUUUCCUUUUGAUUUGCAUAUGAUUCCAAAUCCCUUGUUUUCAACUUGCAACUGAAUAUUUGCAUAGACUUGUUUUGGCUUCUUUCUUGGGCUAGUUAUGGAAACUCAAUCAGAACCAGCAACCAAUUUUUUUAAAAACAACUUUUUAAACUAGGUAAAUUUUACUUCAGAAUAUCUGGAGAUUUUAUCUGUUCCUGCAUCUUAUCAGAAAGGAACAAGUAUGUUAGUCCUCUGUCCUAGAGUUUUCAUUAUUAUUUUUUCCAGAUUGCAUAUACUCAGUAACAGACAUUGCUUGUACUUUUCAGUCAAAUAUCUAGGGGUGUUCCUUUUUUACUCCUAUUCUUGGACAAGAUGGUCACUCAUUUAUUCUGUUUCAUGUGUAAAAGCAUUGAAUUUGGUGCAAAUUUUCCUUCUGCUGGGCUGUGGUAUUUGGUAGAAAAGCCAGCUCAAACCUUUUGGCAAUGUCCAGUGAAGUUUUCACUAGCUCAGGGAUUUCUGCUAGUGAAACAGAACUUAUCCCUCUUCUCCCUGUGUGCCCCUCCCUGCAAUCUCCCCAAAUCCUCUUUGCAGGGUUGGGAGAAUCCUCAGAACACAUUAAGGGUGCAAAAGGGUGGGGAUAUUGGGGGAGAAGAGGGAGGGGAAGUUCCAGCCAGAAGUCCUUGCACUAGCAAAGGUACUUGAUUAGAUUCUGCUCUUUAUUUCCAAAUAUGUUUGUGAGGUGCCUCAAAGAGUAGAGAAGGUGGCAUUUGUAUCUGUGUUUUUUUCUUUCUAGUUUCUAAGUUGAGCUGUAUAUGAAUCUUACCGUAAAAGAGAAAGGUAAUACCGUAUAUUUCUGUUUAUAAGAUGCCCCCAUGUAUAAGACUAUUUUGGGGGACUCCAAAUUAAGAAAACACCCCUCAGCACUAUCCGUGUAUAAGACGAGCCCCAAUUUUAAACCUGAUUUUUUGGUAAAAACAACCUAGUCUUAUACACAGAAAAAUACGGUAUACUUGCAGAAAAACACCCAGUUUAGACAGACGAAGCUGACACUGUGUUAGAAGCUAUCAGCAAUGCCUUAAUAAAACGUUCUCUGCUUAUAUCAUACCAGAUAGUUACUUCUUAUCUUGGACAGAAUGGCAUCAUUCACACAUCAGGUGAAGUCCAAACAAACUAUGAUGUGAAGCCAAGAUUUGUUCUUGGCUUCCUGGCCAUGGUUUGCCUAAAUGAAACAAAUCACAGCUCCCAGUUCAGACAAAAUACUAAUGCAGGGAUUGCAGUUUGUUGCUCCUGCUCGCCAUAGGAGAGGAGCAAAGUGAAAGCAGUCUCUGUGUUCACAAUAAACUAUAGUUAAUGUGCAAAUUGGGCCAUUACGUGUCAGAUAGUAAUGAAAUAUAGGUUGGCCAAUCAGUAUAAGUGAUGACAUGCUAAAUGAAAGCUCCAUGAUUAAAGGCAAGUUUUAUCUGAUUCCUGGGGGGGGGGGGGCAGAGUGUGGCUAUUACAUUCAUGUCUUGCCUGUGACUUACCUAUGGUGUCUUGUUGGUCCCUACUAGAGACAGAAUGCUGAACUAGGUACAUCACUGGUUUGUUGGAGCAAGGUCAUUAUGUUGUACUCAAUGAUUAUGGCUGAGCACAGAAGGCUGUCAUUUUCACCAUUCACAUUUAUAUACCUGUGAAUUUUCACGAGUGCAGCUAGUAUAAACCUAUCCUCUCAGUUGACCAUUGGGCUUCAGCUAGUUGUGUAUUGAAAGAAAGAAAUGAAUGCAGAGGGUCAAGUGCCCUAUAGUUUCAUGGAUUACUAUGCAGGCCUCAACAAGUCACUGUUUUCUCAGUUCCACUUCUGCAAGUGGCAAAAUAUAUAUAUACUAGCAUGUUACAUUUAAAAAGUCAUAUGUGACUUCCAGUGUUUUGUGAAUGCAUUAUCCACAAUUUUGGGGCAAACAUGAAUCUUCAUAUUGGGCACAAAAUGUAGCAACCUGAAUUUCUCAUGUCUUAUUUAAAAAUAGGAUUAUUAUUUAUGUUCAGAGAAUGCUUAAGAGAAACCUCAGAAACCAGAGAACGACUCAACAGGAUUUUCAGUGGGGAGGGAUUGAAGUAUUAGUACCUUGGAUAUGUACUUGCUCCUCCUUACAACUAGCAAAAGUGACAUAAAUUAUGCAAAAAAGUAGGCAAAUUGGGUUUAUCUGCAUUAUUUAGACAAGCUGGAGAAACAACAUCUGUCUGUCUCUAAAACUAAGUCAGAUAUAAUUCUGCAGUGAAUGGUGAAAACAGACAGUGAUACUUGCACAUGUACAGUAUACCCAGAAAUACAAAUCUAAUAUUGGGAAGCCUUCAUGAUUUGUGUACUUAUUUAACUUCGGAAAGUACAUGUGGGAAACUUCCUAGCAAAAUCACCAUUUGUUCUUAACAUUUUGUUUAAAGUUAAUAACAAACUAAUACUUAACCUCUGUAGCUGACCUGAUCUGGACAGCCACCUGCUGAUGCUUUACUGAUGUUUUGGACAGUACUGUAUAGUACAACUUUGACUUUUCCAAAAGGUAUUAGAUAUUGACAAGAAAACAGGUUAUUGGAGUACUGUCUUUGCAACUCAGGCAGUGAUUUAACCUUUUACUUGGUGUUUGAGGGUGUUUUUUAAAAAUGAACAUGAAAUGUGAUUUUUAAAGGUUGUGCAAAUAUCUAUUUUCCAGAAAAUGAACUAGAACUUAUCUUUUUUGCUUUAGGCUUUCAGAUAAACUUCUGUGAAAAAGCACAAAGUAAGCUACAUGUUUUAUAGUAUUCUGCUAUUUUAUUUUACUUUAUUUUUAUAUCAUUCUUGGUACUGGGAAUGUGUCCACUGUUGAUCUAACUAACCAGCCAUGCAUUAAUACAUGGGCAGAGCUUCCAUUUUUCAUCUUGCUACCCAAAUCUAAUUCUGUUGUUCUGUCAAUAAUUCUUUAGUAUCUCUUUUACUUCUUGGAUAGUAAACUAGAGGUCGCAUAGAUAGUUGUUCCUAAAUUGUAAUGAAUGAAAGAUUUAAGACUUUUAUAAAAUGAAGUGGAAAUAUAGAUAUUUGGGGUUUAAUGGAGUCUAACCACUUAGUGAAAAAGUAAUCAUAGGAACUGAGAGGAUUAUUUCAGUGGGGGCCCAAGUCACCUUCUUGUUUCUGCUCUUGUUUUAAAGUUUGGCAUGAACUGCUUUGCAUUGGCCUUGGUAGUGUGACACAGUAAACCAAACUAUGGCUCGCAUUCACUUUGCUCCUGCCCAGUCAGUUUGGUAUAGCAGUGAUGCCAAAGUUUGGCUUAACAGGUCAUCUGAAGGUGGGAUUGUGCUUAAACUCUACACUCUUUAUCUGUGAUGUAGUCAAGAGCAAACCUUGGCUACAGACCAUGAUUAAGGAGGAGAUAACUUAACCAUAGAUCAGUGUGUGGGUGAUACACUAAGCCAACCUUGGCUUCAUUGUUGUGCUGAGCUAAAAUAAUCAGGGAUGAUCAAAGGGGUUGCGUUCUCCCUGGGAGCUAGCAUGUUUGUGGUAAGUCAUGGUUUGGCUUAGUGUUACAUGGGAAUGCGACAACUGUCAAGCCAUCAAUCCAGUAGCGUAAUGUCUAAUCUGAUUGGCACUGGCUCUCCCAAGAUCUCAUGGAACAGUCUUUCCCACUGCUACCUGAGAUCAUUUGAGUGGAGAUGCCGAGCUUCUAACUUUUGUCAUGCAAAGCUUGUCCUCUGCGACUGAAUCAAGGUAUUUUACUAUGGGGUCUGGUUGUAAUUUAAAUGACCCAGUAGUGCUCUCUGUGUACCUUUGGAAUGAUAACUUUUGAAAACAUGACCGGAUACAUCAUUUUGAAACUGACGUCUCUAUAAAAGUCAGGAAAAAUUGUCAGUCACUACCACCCCGUGUUUGAAUGAUUAAUGGAAGCUCUGCACAAUUAAUUUUUUCAUUGUUUCAUUCUCUUAUGGCAUUCAUUUUUUUUAAAUUGCAAUGUUCAUUAUAUCGUUAUGAUUGCCUGCCAUGCUUUAGUGGGAACUUUAUUGGAGAAAAAAACCCCAGCACUGCUAGCAUUCCUCCCUGCCCCUUCUACUGGGUACACCUUGUAUAGUUAAACACAUCCGUCAUGCAUUCAGGCUGCAUAUAUUUUUCAUUUUUAUUUGAAGCUAAUGGAUAUGCAUAUUUAAUUUUGAAAUGAUGAAAUGCUUGUAAGAUGACUAUUGAUGCUUAGUGAUUUGCUGCCUAAGGGUUCUAAAGAUGAUCCCUAGUAGGAGGAUGGUAAUCAAGAAAUGCAAAACAGUUUGUGCCCCAAAUAUCGCCACCAGCCAUCUAGACGAUCAGAAAUGUAGUUUGCCUCCUAUUCCGGUUCCCCUGGGAAAUGCCAUUUUGUAGUCAGUUUGUAAUGCAUUUUGGCAGCACUGUGAAGGUAUAUACCUAGAAGGGGGGAAACGACGACAAAGUAAACUGAAAAAAAUCAAGCAGUUUCUGAGAUACCUUGCAUGGUGCUUUGGCGCCUUGUAUUUUCCUGUCACAAUGAAACAUCUGUUGUUGUGUAGAAUGCUGUUUUAUUCUCUUGCGCCUCUUGCAGAUAGUGCUGUCCCCAUGGAUUAGGAAGUGCUAGUUCUUAAAAGUGAGGGCCAUAACAAAAAUGAAGGUAAUUUUUCAAACAAACAGAUAGGAGCUGUGGGGGCUUCCAGAUCAGGUCCAUGGGGGCGAAGGGGAACUGUUUCUGCUGCGGCCCUGAUCUAGAUAAGAGGCCCCAUAGCUACUACUGGUAACCACAGGAGGAUGGGACCCAGGUUGAAACUAGGGCAGGGGUAGGCAACCUAAGGUCCGGGGCCCGGAUGCGGCCCAUUCGCCUUCUCAAUCUGGCCCGCGGAUGGUCCGGGAAUCAGCGUGUUUUUACAUGAGUAGAAUGUGUUCUUUUAUUUAAAAUGCAUCUCUGGGUUAUUUGUGGGGCAUAGGAAUUCGUUCAUCCCCCCCUCCCAAAAAAAUAUAUAGUCCGGUCCACCACAUGGUCUGAGGGACGGUGGACUGGCCCACUGCUGAAAAAGGUUGCUGACCCCUGCACUAGGGCUAAAGAUUCCCUUCUCCUUCCUGUAGUUCCAAUCCAGUUUUCAGGAGUAGGAGUCUUCGUUCCUAUUUACUAUUUAAAAGUGAAAUGAAAACCAUCCUUUCUGUUUUGUCCCUGAGUUGUGGUCCCUCCAAGCAAGAUGCUUGUGUAAAACAAGAGUAAUGCUUUAGCUUCUUUUUUCCUCUGGCUUCUUAUGCUCUACCUAUUGCUUGAAUCUUUUGUCUUAUGACUUCAUUCUACAGUCACCACUUCGUGCCAUUAAGGACUCCUGUUUUUUUUGGGGGGGGGGGUAAGCAGAUGGCUUCUUAAAAGAUUAAUGAAGUUGUCUAUAGCAGUAUAUUUCUAGCAGAAAUAAUAAAUGGGGACUGAGUAACUUGGGCAGCUGUGAAGGUCACAGCAGAAAAAGUAGCAUAAGUAGGUAGACCACAGAUUAUUUGCAUAUUUUUAUUCAUAAUGAGCAAAGCUUAUAAAAUUUGCAUAAACCUUGUGGCCGUCAAGUCAUAGUUCUUAGACAUUUCAAAACUCUCCAUGCCUCUGUUAAUGCAAUUUGCAGGCACUCCCUUCCUAAAUACCUUUAAUUAGAAAUCAGUUCAAGUGAUUUAAGUGGAACAUCAUUUCAUGUAAGUAUGCUUUAGGGAACAUGUUCUAAAACUGGUGAUAUUUGUAAUAAUUCUGGAGGUGGCUAACAGUUGACAGUGGUUUUAAUCUUAAGGCUUAGAAAUAUGGUCUUUCCUUGCAAACAAAUAUUUCCUGUGGAAACAAAUAUUAUCCUGGUUAUUUGUAUUUUAUGCAGCUUUUAUAUCUUAAAACUAACUGCAUUAAAGAGUUUUGAAUCCCCAGAAGAUUAGAACUGCAACACAAUCUCUCAGAUCAAGAGAUAGUAUUAAAUUGCCCCAGUUGGGGUGUGUGUGUGAAAGAAAUGGAAAGCUGUGAAUGGGGCAGGAUGAUCAGCGAUUUCCUACACAAUGGAGGGUAUGUUGGUGGUUCACUGGAGAAAGCAUUUAGAAUCAGUCCUGCCCUGACCACACUCAUUUCUUUUCUCUGUGGACAGUAUUCAACUAAAUCUUGUGCUAGCAUAAGGGAAUUUCCCCUUGUUUCUUUCCCCCACAUGCACCCCAUGCCAUCCCCAAAUCCCUGAAGGAUAGAGAAGAAACCCCAGAACAGAUUUAGAGGGCAUGCAAGUGGAAGAUGGGGAGAACAUUUCAUUGCACAGGGUGAAAUCCUUGUGCUGACCUUAGCACUAUGCUUCACUUUAGCUCCACCUUAGCACUAUGUUGAAUACAGCUCCACACCUGCUAGAUCAGUCAAGAACAUAGCUCCCAUUCCUGCAAUCUUAAAAAAUGUUAUCCUAACCAGAGAGAUUAUCCCAAUUUUUUCCCCAUAACUAGUUUUGGCAGGAGGGUUACUUUCCAUUCUCCUAAACAUGUCAAAAUUAUUAACCCAAUCUUUCCAUCCAUUCUUCCUUUCUGUAGUAGUUCUUUUCAAAUGAGUUUCUAAAGAAGCAAACCUCUGGCAUGUCCCUGGUUCACACAUGAUCUAUAAUGAUGGUAGUGUCCUGGCUGGGUUUUUAAAAAACCUUUCUCCUGUCUACACACUUAAGUCUUCAUUCAGCGAGAAGGUGACUAUCUACAGAAUUCUGGCAAACUCAAGAGACUCAGUGACUGAUGAGUGCCAUCUUCACUAAGGAUGAGUUGUUAGGAAUAUGUUGCAAGAAGUAUUUGGGGAGAGUACUACCAGAAAUAACACACACAGAAGCCCUAGCAAAUGGUACAAUUAAGGCAAUGUGAACACAUGAUGUGAACAAUGCAGAUGAGUGCACUAGCUCUGAAGUCACUUGUUCUUUCCAGGCUUCUAAAAUGUGCAUGUGUCUGCAUAUAAACAACCUUCCACACUUUAUACAUUUGCCUUCCAUUUGCUGUAAGAUGACUGAAACAGUGAUGAAGGGAAGGGGUGGAGCAAGGAAUGCUAGAAUGCUCAUUCUGCUUCACUCCCUAUUAUGCUUAAAUUGACCGGACUUUAAAGCAUACUUUGGACUAGAGAAGUAGUUUCUUCAGUUCCAAAUUAGUAAUGAGAGAAGAGCUAGAAGUUAAAAUGUGAGACAUAGGGACAAGACCUGGAAGGUGGGGAUGGUUCUGUACAUCCAUCACAAAUUAAGGAAGAGGCUUCUCCUAUUUCAUACUCCGUUCUGUCCUUUCCCCUUAUUUGGAAUCUCAAAAGGCAGACCAGGGCAGUGCCACUCAAAGUGGUGGUCCAUGGAUUUGUGCUUGUCUGCAAACCAUCAGCUGCUGGUCCACAACAACUCCACCACAGCCCAAGUUGGGAGGGAUGUUUCAGGGACCAAAUAUGGCACCAGUUCCUGGCACAUCAGUGGGGUGCGAAUUGCUGGUCCACCACAGCAGACAGUUUGAGAAACACUGGACUAGGGAAUGCUUUCAGGACAGCUAUUUUUCUGCUGUCUGAAUACUUAGCUUUCAAUACUACCCAUGAAACAAAUAAUCAGAGCUUGUAAAGAAUUUCUGUAAAGGGGAACAGUAUAGUCUGGCAUUACAUUUAAUAUAGAGAUAGUGUUUUUCAUUGUGCCUUUUGGUUGAAGAUCUUUAGGUUAUACUACUGAUAUUUAUUCCCAGCUCAUCCAUAACCAGGACAGCUACAUGUACUAUUUUUGUUAAUCAAUACGAGAUUCUCUUAGCAAAAUUCUUACACUGUGGUUUAAAAGAGGUCCUUCCUUCUCCUGCAUAGCAAAGUGUUUUAUUGAACUAUGUGCUGCUUCACAACCCAACCCUCUAGAGUAGAUUUUCUGUGGGAAUGAAGGAAGGCUUGAAUAAAAUCACACGUCUCUUCUGCCUACUGGAGAAUCCUCUGAGAAGAGCUACACUCACAGGAUCUCUGGAUUCAAGCUCUUUAUCUUAGAUCUAUAAUGCCUUAUUUGUCUUUGUCAUCACUAACUCGCAUUUUGCACCACUGAAAACAUUAACUCUUGGGAAGCACAAGAGGAAUUGUCUGCUCAGCCCUAGAGUUGCCCUCCAAAGGGGCCAGGCAGCAGAAUGUAUUGAUGUCCAAGUGGCAUCCUUCUAAAUUAUUGGUCCUAAAGCUAAAUUCUAAACAGAAAAUUUGGGAAUAGUAUGUACAGAAGACAGGUAUGAAUAUGGGUUGGUUGUGCACAGCCUUCUAUCUAGUCUCUUGGCUGGACUGUCUUUUUAUUGAUUUAAUACCACUAAUCCCCAUGUCUGCUGUUGGGAGGAGCAGAGAUCAGAAUGUAAAUCAGUGCAGUUCCCAUGUUGAAUGUGAAUAUUGAGUACGUGUACUGCAUCCAACAACCAGUAACCUACAACAAGGCCUUAUUCUUCAAAUGUGAUCAUUUUUGUUUGUUUGUUUCUCCCAAUUUUUCCUGGAACAGAAUACAAUGAUGGCAUUCGUGUACCAGGUUCUGGUCUUGUAACAGCAUCAUUGUAGUUUCUGGGGAAGACAGAAAAGGCAACCCAACUCUGACCUGCAAUAACGUUAUCUGCACCAACCUGGUGCAUAAUGUGUGUAUACAGAAUCAAGGAACUGAACCCAACAUUUAUUUCAUAUGUACUGCUUAAAUCUGUAGACACAGGCUAGGUCACAAAAAUCAGGUUAGACUUUUAAUAAAAUAGGUAUGGAGGUUUUUUGAGUGGGGUUUUUUUUUUUUAAGUAGAAGUUUUUUCUGUUCCAGGCAUAUCUAGAAUUGCCUUCAAUUAGAUAGGCUUCCCAGCUUUUAAGAAUUAAUAGCCCAAUGUUGCAGGUGUAUAUGAGUUAAUCCUCUUGUUCUUGCAGUAUCAGAAAUAGAGCCUUCAUCUUCAUUUCCUUGUGAAGUCACUUGGGAGGUAUGAGGCUCUGGUGGUGUCACACAACAGUGUGAUGUCAACGAAAGCUAGCAGAAAUUACCUAACUAGCUUUAGUGUCAUAUAUCCAUAGACUUGGGUUUAUUAAUUGGGUCUUGUGGGGUUCCUCUGAUUUGGGCCUUUCUGGUAUUAUCUGAACCACUAAGUUGCUGAUACCAUCUUUCCUGUUAGCAUGCAGAAAGCGGUGAGGAAGAUGCACUCCUGCAGUUGCUUUUAAUCUACUGUUUAGAUAUGUCAGUGUAGAGUGGUAUGAUUGAGGCUUUGUGGUAAGCCAUAUGCCUUGAGCUUGUGCAAAUGAAAAGUUUGAAUUAGCUGCUAUAUAUGUGCGUAUGCAUGAGUGUAUGAAAGAACAUGAGGGUAACAGAAGAGCAAUACAGCAAAAACAACUUGAGGUUAAAAUGCAUGCCAUGUUGGUUUAGUUGAAUUUCUUGCUUACGUUAGAUACUGAGAUGCAGGGCCCAGGUGCUUAAGACCAUACUGUACAAUCCUAUACAUGUUGACUCAGAAGUAAUUCCCAUUGAGUUCCGUAGGGUUUACUCCCAGGUAAGUGGUUAUGGGAUUGUAGGCUAAAUCUAGCAGGCAGAUUUCUGAAGUGUCCAGUUGAUUACUCUCCUGGAAAUAAAUCCCAUCAAUUCACUUCCUUGUUAAAGUGUGUUGGUAUUGAUGUGUCAUAUGCCAAUCAUUCCUAUGCAUUGCAAGGGGUUUGAACUAGAGGAUCCUCGUGGGUCACCCUGCAAUUCUAUAAUUCUGUGAUUGAAUAACAGGAAUGUUAAUAAGCUGUUUUAAAAAACUUAGGUCAGUUCAUUCAUUCGCUAACAAAGGAAGUACAUUAUUUUUAGAAAUACUCAAAUUUUGCAUCAGAAUUUUAAUUCUGUUAUUGAGUUAGACAAUUUAAAUUCUUUUCCUCAGUGUGUUAAAAUAGAUCAAGUUUAAUCCAAACAUGAUUUCCAUAACCUGUCUGUCUGCACAAAACAUUUAUUAUUGAAGUUUGCUAAGUGGAAUCUGUGCUAUGGUGCCUCAUUAAUCUCCUUUACUUCUUCUCAAACUGGGGCUUCCUGCUUCCUUGACAUGAAGACUGUUGCUGUGAGGAGAUAGGAGGUAUGAAAAACCAGACAGUCAGUAAACGUGGGGUGGCCUCGGCACACUUCAUUGCAGAAUACAUGAUAGUAAAAUGUUUGAUAGGCUCAACUUUAAGUUCAACUGCAGCUUUAACUUGCCACUUGCUAUAGUUGUGAGAUACAGCAAUGUAUUUAUGCCUAGGUAACUUGCACACAUUUAUAGAUGCUGUAUGUAUUAAUAUGCCAGCAGAUUAUUCUUCUUUUUAAGCGAUGAGUUCCCCAUUCCCCAUUGGCUACAAAAAAAGCACAUGUACACUUGCUCUUUCAACACCUACUGGCAUGUGCAAGUAUGUCCUUACUCUCUUGCAUUCACACAUUCAGGCUUGCAGAUACAUGUGCAUAUGCCAGCAUACUCCUAUAUGCGCACUGAUCUACACAUUCUUUCUCAUGCCCAGAAAUGUUUUCUCAGUUGCAUGCAGACCUGCACAUCUCCCUUCAGUAGGCAACAGUAUUGGCUUGUUUUUGCUAGUUACGUUUGCUGGAUUUUGUGACCCAGCUACAUCACAUAGUGGUAAUUCAAGCUACAGUCAAGGCUGUAUUCCUGCCCAUUUUUAUUGAACCUUGUACACAUCCUAUGCAUGUUAGUGCUUCAGGAUAAUGAGGUGAUAUAUUUUGACCAUUGACCUAGCAAUAUUAUCAAAAAUAUGAAUACAUGGGAACUAUUUUGCGGCUAGCCACCAGCAUUAAAGGAAGGGGUUCUAGUAGUAUAAUUGUAAAAACAAGGGCAUUUGUAGACCAAAGAAGCUGUUUGUCAGAUGCAGACUUGCUCAGCGGCUCAAUUUGGUGUUAAGUGCAGAAGCCCUGUCCAAUGACUAAUCUAUUGAUAUUGCAAUAUUAAAUGUUCAUUGUUUAUGUGAAAUGUUUCAUGUAGGGAAGAAUAUGCUAUUUUUUUGGUUCUGGUUUAUUUUGGAUGCUUUCAAUACAGUAAUACAUGUUCUCUUGCCGACAAGAGUGUUUUUUGUGUGUUUGUUUAUCUCUCAGGUAAGCGCAGAGCACUGAAGUUGAAUUUUGCAAACCCACCUUUCAAAUCCACAGCGCGAUUUACUUUGAACCCUGGAGUUCCUUUUCAGAAUCCACACAUGUGAGUAUAAAGCCAGAAAUUCCACCAGAUGGAACCAUUUUGAAGUAGGAAGAUAAAGCACUUUCCUUUGUCACACAAAUUUUGUAGGCAGCUCAAAAGAUAAAAUUGUAGUCUGGACUGAGACGUAGGAUGUUCUGUUUAUGUAACAUUUUCUCAUGUAUUUUUGGAACUUCAAAUAAGCUGUUUUACCUAAAGGCUUAAAGCAAGACUACUCCUUUGAACUGUACAAAAAAAAAAAGUCCUGUCAUUUGCUGGCAAGUCAUCUCCAUAUGGCAGAGGUAGCUUACCUGUGGUCCUCCAGAUAUUAUUGGACUACAAGUUCCCAUCAGCCCCAGCGAGCGUGACCAAAUGUAGCCCCACGCUGCCAACCACAGUUUAGCCACUCCUGCCUUACGGUUAAUGUCAUUCACGGACUGCAUAAACCUAUGCCUGCUGCUUUUCAAGUUUGCAAAGUUUUUAUUCCUGUAUUUGUUUUUAAGAUAUUUGUGUGAGACAUCUUAGUUUUAAAAUUGAGGGGGUUCUUUUUUUAGAAAUCUAAGAGGUGGUGAGAAAUUACUAGAACCCUGUAAGUCUCCAAGAAAGGUGUUAACGGACAGCCUUAUAUACAGGUUCAGUGUAAAGUGGAGUAUCCAACAAUUGGUUGUUUAAUGCAGCAGAAUGUCUCUUGAAAUACAAGCCUUGUGUCCUCAGAUCCACCAAUCUGGACUGAUGGGUGACUUCUCAGGCUGUCCAGUCAGCAUCUCCUUUAUAUUCCCUUGUGAGGUUUUUGAAGUCCGGCAGAGUAAAAAUCCUCAGAGCUUUGUGCCUGUCAUUCCUCCAGUUGCUUGUACUUCCUUUGGACAAUUCUGCCAUGUAUGUGUGUCUGUAUGUUGCGGCUUUGUUCAUAUAGCUCAGAGCUUUCUAUUUCCCAUGAAUAUAUCAGUUUCAUUUCCUUAUUAAGAAACUCUUCCUUGUUUUGAUUCUAAAGCUAUCCAAGUAAUUAUAGAUGGACUUUGGAAAAGUAUUCCUGUUACUUAUAAGGUCAGUUCUGAAAACCAGAAGAUGCAGCUAUUUCAGUAGACAUUCUUAUAAGAUGUCCAGUUUCUCAUCCCAAAAGAAGAGAAGCAAGGUUCAGCCUGCAGAGUUCUGGCAUCCAGCAGUACCACCAUUUAUAAAAUGCCAUAUUAAUUUAAGGACUUAGGACUUACUCCCCAUAUUAGAAUAUAUAAGCUAGCUGGACACAAUCUUUUCACAAUAACCUCAUCGGUCCUUUCUCUAUGUAGUGGUUCUGCACAACUUUUGUCUUUCAACUUUUUCUCUUUGAUAGAUUUCACCUUCUUAAGACCUUUAUUCUUAGUAAGUUAAUUCAUCACCUUCUAGUGACUUUCUUUAAUAGUGAUAUUUUUCAUUCAGUGGCUUUCUGAACUGGAAUUUCUGUAGAUAAUAGCUGUUCUUUUCUGGCUGUUCUUCUUGCAUCUAAUAAUAAAAUCCCUAAUUUCAGGCUCAUCAGGCAGCUGGUGGUAUUGCUUUGAACUUAAGACUAUUUUGAUAAAGUAGGUUGGGCAAGGGGAGAAAUAAGUUUUUUCUGCAACAGCCAGCUUCCCAAAUAUUGUGUUGGGGGUUUUUCUAGACCACCCACUGUAGAGAUAAAUAUAUCUUACAUUUGACACUGAACAUCAUCAAUAAUCUGUUUUGAGAAUAAACUUGUUAUGUAGUCUGUGAAAGGAAGCCUAUUUCUAUCAUAAAAAUUGUGUUGGGUAGUUCUUUUGAAAUAGGAAAGGCUUGUUUUAUCCAUUUGUCCCCCUCACCUUUACAAACUCCUCAUUUAGUAUUUAGGCUGCAAUCCUGUACCAGCUUACCUAGGAACAAGCCCCACUGAAGUCAGAGGGGCUUACUUCUGAGUAGUCUUGUCUAGCAUUGCACUGCGAGUGUUCAGUGGUUAAUUUUUUUAUCAUCUUAUGUCUCAGAUUUAUGAAGGUUUUCUUAGGAGCUGGUAUGUUAACAAGUAAGGAUCAUAACAUCUAAAAAAAAUCUCAAAUUCUUUUUGAAAAUCUUUUGCUAAUGUGGGUUUUUCUAAUAUGUCAUUCUUCUUCUAGACACCUUUUCUUGUGUUGGAUAUUUACUUUGUUACCUGUUAUGGAAGUCCAUAUGUGCUAUGAAUGAGGCCAUUUGUUGUUACUGGAUUAAAUCUUGAUUUCCAGUCAUUGUAGAUAGUGUUUCAUUAGUUGGUGGUUAUUCUUCAUUCUGUAUAAAAGAGCAGCCUAAACAUAACUGUGUUGAUUAGAUUUUGGGGAUGUAGUUUGUCAUCCCAUUCAUCUAGAUGGGUAAUGCUGAAAUUUCAGAGAGGAUAUUUUCUCCUGUGGAGGCUAGGCAUUUGGGCUCAGUUUUGAAGGCUUUAUCCUAUUUUUCUAAACGAUUGAAAAUGUUGGACAAUUUGCUUGAUCUUUGUGUCCUUAAAGCUAAUGGCAGUCAUUGGUUAUACUGCUCCUUACCCACAUUUAAUUGCCCCUUAGGCAUACUUUGAUGGGUUCACAGGUUGUGUUCAGGGGCUUCAGUGAUGGAAUUUUCAGAUAAGAAAUUGCAGCUUUUAUUACAGGCAGGUUGAGGAAAGGAAUGUAUCUUCUUUAAAGCUCUUCAUUCCAAGAUUUUCUCUGUCCAGAAUUCAGCUGCCCCCCAAAAAACAGCUAUGGAGGAGAUUACCAAAACACAUUGUUCAGGUGAAAAGUGGUUUCAGAAGGGGAUAAAUAUACUUGGUGAUAAGUAUCAGUGUGUGCUUGCGGGCUUCUCUGUUUAUAAGGAAGAAUGGUUUUAGCAUAAUGUUAGCUUUCUUUCUGUAGAAUUUGUGGUUGGCUACUUUAUUCAAGGUGAAGCUGCCUGGUUUGUCCUGCAGCUAUAUGUAAAUUAGGCAUAAAGCUUUGCGGAAAACUGCUGCCAGUGUGCCCACCACCAGGUUAGAGUUUAUUCACACUUUAUUGCACCGUCCUGUGCCUUCUCCUGUCACCUUGGCUAGAUAAGGAGCAGAGUUCUUUAUGUGUGUUCUAAAAGUUACUUUAUGUGCUAACAUUGUGGUUAAAAUGAUGUUACAUACAUGUAAUUGUAAUAUGUCUGUAUUGGUCCUAUAAUUUUAACUUGAUAAAUUUAAGACUAGUUACUCUGACUUGAUGUUUUUAUGGUGUGUCUAGGUCCUUGCCAAAGCUUGAAUUAAAUCUCCUGAAUUAGCAGUUACCUCAUAUGCCACAUGUAUAUAAAGGCAACAACUUACUUGCGCAUGUUUGUGCACAUGCACAUCAAAUUGACCUGGAAGUGGCUGGAAAAGGAGGCAUAAUGGGGCAGAGUGGGCUUAUGUGUGCUCCACCAUCGUGCACAGUAACCUGGCACGCAACCCUCACACAAAUCGAGGGUUGCCUGUAAUUCUUUCUUCUGUGUAGUAUAGAUUGAUAGAGAUUCUCAUUUUGUGUUUUGUAAACAGUCUAGUACUUCAUUUUCAUAGUUUCACCAUAGAAUAGCAACAUAGCAACAACUUCCACAGUGGGAAGGUUCACCUGAGUCCUAUGAUAGAUCAGUAUUGUUACAACUCGCUCUUCCAUUUCCCCUUCCUUUUUUUCUACCUCUGGCUUGGCUUGGGUUCUUCUGAUUUGGAUGGAUUAGGGUCAAAUUUUUCCCUACAUUGAUUGUAGAUUAUUCUGAAAGUUUGUAGAGGUGGUAGAUAUACAGUCUUCCAUGCACAUGAGUCUGUUGCUUAAUUCUAGGUAAACUAUACAGUAAGAUACAGAAUGCACAAUAACAUCUGUAGACCCUAGGGGCUGUUCUGGUACUGUGGUGAUUUACAUUUGACUCACAACUGUUGCAGCCCUGGUUGGGUAUUUAUAUCAUCUAUGGAGCCCUGUUAAUGAGUCCUGGAGGCUGCUAUAGUGAACCACGUUGAGACUAGAAAUAUUUCAUGUUCCUUGGUGCUUUGCUCCCAUUUUGUAAAAGAUCAGACAUAAGAGUUUCCGCUUAACAAAAGGCACAACUGGGAGAUACAACACUUUGCCAGAACAGCAGCAGGUAUGCUUCUUCCCUGAUGCAGUGCAGCUGUAUUUGUUGUACAGUGGCUGCAGAGAGUGAGUGGGGAAAGCAUGUACAUACAUGGCUUUCUUGAAAGUAAAAGGCCAGGUAAGAGUUUUUUCCAAGCUGGUUCUGCCCUGUUUACUGAGGUUUAGCUGCUUCAGCUAAAGCAGAUUGGUAAGCUCUGGCAUUCAUUGGGGUGGAAUCUACACACAGGUUAAAAACGUUGUGAAAAUGCUUUUUCUAAAAUCGUUUUGAAAAAUGCAUGGAAUUUGCUAUAGCUCACAGUUGGCAUCUAGUGUCACAAUUGUAUAUUGCACUUUACAACACAUUCAAAACAUUUUGUUUGCAGCUGUAUAGCUAAGUCCUCCAGAUCUCUAGAUUGUAUUUGUUUGCAAGAAGUGAGAUACGAACAGAUACUUUCAAGCUGACCAUCACCUUGUUACAUUUCAUCAGAAAGAAUUCUGCUUAAUUCGUGAACCCCAAUAGUUCACACUUCCUGCUAAGUCUUUUACACGGCACUUUUCUUGCUAUACACUAUAAAACUGACAGCAUUGAGGGGAAGUGAAUAUGGCUGGAGAGCUCGAAAGGGGUUUGCAAGUGAUCCAGAUCAACAUCUUUACUACGUUCAUAAGUCAUUAGUUUCUCUUUGAAUACAGAAUUGUUGAGGCCAUCCAGGUUACAUAGAUGAAUUGCAUGUAGAGGAAUAAGUUACUGCAGUUGGAGCAUGGCUUCCUAAGAUAGGCACUAAGAUCCAAAGUGCACACUUCAACUUGAUGAAGUUGAACCAAAGUUCUUGAUUCUGAAGGCUGCAGCAUGGACAGAUUCUCAAAUGGAUGGCAUUGCGUUAAAUCUUCAGGUCUUAAAAAAACAAAAUAAAAUCAGAGCAAGGGAGAUUUGGCCGUAAUUAAAUCAUUUCUGCUGGAACAUGACUUUAAUCCCGAGGUACCUAAUGAUUCUGUGCAUCUAGAAUAGAAGAGGAAGUACUAGACUGGCAUGUUCCCCCUAAGCUUUCUUCUUCAGAGUACCUUUGUUGAACAGCCCCAGAAUAUUUUAAAACUCUAGCUGGAGAACUGCCCCCCAUGUCCUUUUCAUGCAGCUUCAAACUUCCCCUCAAGGGUUGGGGCAGGCACCUUCCAACUCAGGUUUUUCUUUUUCCUUGACGAAGGUUCAGGAUUUAGAAAAGUAAAAUCUAUGCAGAGAGAAUUAAUUCCAGUACAUUUUUUUUGGACAAGAAUUAUAGAAUUAUUAUAUUUGAGUAAAGACUGUCUCCAUGCCAACCAUUACAGUUUGCUAUAUUUCACAAUAGAGAUCGCCAGAAUGAUUAUCAGAUAUGGUGAGCUCAUCUCCACUGUCUUAGACAAGGUUCCUUAUCAUUUUACUCUUCCGAAGGAUGCUUUCAUAUACACAUUGCUUUAGGAACAGUGGUACAACCCUCGCAGUUGCCUAAGGCAUUAUUUAUCCUGUGUAUCUCACCUUAGAUCCUUGAAGAAGAUGCCUUAAGGACUUCGUUUCUUCUCUUUUUUGAAUUUCUAGGAAGGGUCAUUGUAUCCACCCCCCCCAUUCCUAUUGGAAAGAUCAGAAUAAUUUACUUUCUCUCUUCUUACUUGUGAGCCUCUGGUUGGAUUUUCCUUUUUUGUGGGGGGCGGGAAUCCUAAGAAGCAGAUCAGAGAAGCAUCAUGGCAGAUCUCUGUGUCCCCCUCUCUGUCUCUCCUUAAUUAGCAGAGGACUCAAGGAGAUUUUGAUGCAUCCCUUUUCCUAACAGUCUUGACCGUUGGUUUUUAUGUAUGUAAACAUACUGAAUCUUCCUCCCCUGUUUGUCCUGCCCCUGCAAAGGGGUAGGUUUAGUUAGUGUUAGAAGAGGAGAUUUCUUACCUGGAAAUACUUGUGAGAGAUUCGGAUCCAGAAACUUCCUUGUUCCUCACACAAUCACAGAGUGGACAGUGAAAGCUAGCUUCUAGCUCUUCCAGUUUCUUAGGGAAGAAUUCAGUUCCCUCCAAUCUAAAUAAGUAGGGUAAUAGUUACUUCUCCUGAUUGGUGGAUCCAAGACACAAGCACUAGUUUUCAGGUAAGAAAUUUACCUUUAUCAAAACAAUAUGAUGAAGCAAUGUAGUGGUAAACAAUGUAGUAAAUUGUGACAAAGAAGGUCAGUGGCACUAAUUAGUUGAUUUUAGCUAGCAAUUUUAUUGCAGGUAUGUAGUUCAUAGGACAAAAGGAAAUACUGCAUCUGAAAUUAAGGCUGGCAUGCUAUUCCUAAAUGGUCUUGCUUGGAGGUAAGCCCCAUUUAUUUCCGAGGGAUUUACUCUCAAGUAAGGUGGCAGCGGAUUAUAGCCUUCCAUGGCUUUCAUGCAUUAGUAUUAAAAAGGCUUUAAAUGAACUGCCACACACUUUGCUUUUUUUCCUUUUUCCAAAAAGAGAGGUAUAGACUAGCCCUUAACAAGGAACUGAAAUGUGCUCAUUUUGUAUAUAAAAGGCAGUCUGUCUUUUCAGUUACUAUGUGUGUAUGUGUUAUUGUGUCAUGUGAUAACAGCACUGUGUUUUCCUGUCAUUUUUACAACUCUUUCCUGGCUGAAGUGAUACACAAGCAACAAUGGGUAGUAAUCACAUUGCCCCGUUCACUUUCAAAAGGAGAGAAGCGGAGAUGAUCGUGAAACUUUCCAGCAGGCUACAGUAAGCGUAACUGUCUGUUAGCCCCAUUGUCAGAUAUUUUCAUAACAGAAAAAGCAAAAGAAAGAAAAAGGCAUGAACACCAAUAUAGAUCCUUGCAGAAAUUUGUCAUAUUAUGAGUGAAUUAAUAUAUAUAUAUUUAAAUUAAUUAUUAAAUACUUUCAACAUAUAUUUCAUUAUUAUUGUUUAAAGCUUAUUGCUGCAUUCGUAUUAGCAAUUCCCAAUGUUCUGUCCCAGCUGACUGUCAUUGGCUCUAGAAAGACAGUGUAUUUUUUUAAAAGAGUACUGGUAUUCAGAGGGUAACGCAGUGUUAGUUUACAAAAAUCUCUCCUUUUAAAACCAUAAAUAUUUAAUUCUCAAGCAUGGUUGACCAUAAUGGAUGGAGUUGAUGCAGGUGUUAUAAGGUUGUUGCAUAUUGCCUCCAAAAAGCCUUCACUGAUAGAACAGCUCUAAAACCUGUGAAUCAAGUUGUCUUUUGUGAAGUAUUAUUUCAUUUUUGUAGCUGCCAUACUUCCAACACCUAUUGAUCUGUAAAACAGCCCCCCCCCAACAAUUAAUGGACCAGUGAAAAUGAAACGUAUGCUUUUGGUGAAGUAAGCCUGAGGCACAAUUGAGGUAGAAUCUACACACUUAUAAAAACCGUUCUGGAAACGCUUUUUUAAAAGUGUUUUUUUAAAAAAUACAUUGAAUUUUCCAUAAGGCUCACCAUCACCAACUAGUGUCACAUUGUAUAUUGCACUUAAAACACACUUAAAAUGUUUUAUUUGCAGCUGUAUAGAUGAGUCGCAAGGCAACUGAAGAGUUGCCGUCCAUUGCACGGGUGUUAGAUUUUGUUCUGAAUCUUCUUAAUUCAUAAGUAAUUCAUAUUGGCUUUGAGUACUUCUAAAACAUUUUAACAUAACAUUAUAGCGAGUCGUGGAGGAUACGGAAACAUUCUGAGAAAAUCAAGUAUUUUCAUCAAUUUGGCGCAGUUCAUCAGGUCCAAAUUUCUGAGUCAGGCAAUGCAGUACAUUUCUGGGUAACUAAAAUGGUGUGACCUUAAAGCUACUCGCCCAAACAAUGCAAAUAACUGUGCUAGUUCCAUGUUUACCCUUCCAGGAGAAUAAAGAGUCUUCUCUAAGGUCCCCUGCCUCAUACUCACUGACAAGAAAUAGUUAAACUUGUAAUUUAGGAAAUUAAACCAAUCCUCAUAUAAAGGAAAUUGUAUUUUUAUACCAUAUUUUAGAUCGGACUUAAAACUCCAUAAAAAGUUAUAAUAAGAGAAUCUAUUUCCUUAAAAUAUUUUUUGCUGAAUGUGAAAUUGUAACUUAGUGGUUUGGGGUAGCAGACUGCAGGCCUCUGGGGACUACUUUGUUAUUUUCCUUAGACCCCAUGAACUGGAGACAGGUAUAAAAGACAUAAACUUAUAAUUGAAGUGUGUUAAGCCCAGGAAUUUGCCUUUAAGUUUUGGAACUGAAAAGAGCCUCUAGUGCUUCCUUACAAAAAUAUACUUUGUCAUACAUCAUUCCCCGCCCCCCAGCUUGGUUUCCACAGGGAUCAUUUUGUUGCAACAGUUGCAACAGUUGAAAGCCAGUCUUCGUCAAUCUACUUCACAUCACCCAGGGAUCUGUCAGUAGAUUCCAAUUUAACUACUCUGCUAUCCCAAACAGAUUAUUGGACUCAUCAUGUUCAAAUCACUGAUUUUGUUAUGUCAUCAUAUAUAUAUAUAUAUAUAUAUAUAUAUAUAUAUAUAUAUAUGGAAUCAGGCACAUCACUGGCUCUGCUCCCUGGGCAUCCAUGCAUAAGAUUAUUCUCUGCAGAGAUUGGGGUCUCAUGCCAUGACUAUGAUGCUUUGCCUUGAAAAGUGGCAAUGCUUACAGGAUGCGUUUACAUCGUUUGAUAUAUUUCUUUGUUGUGAUGAAGAGGGACAGGCAAUUUUGUCCCAAAGCUUUUCUGCUUCAGUUUUUAGGCAUCUGCAGCAGUAUGGAUGUCAUUUACCAGCACAUCUGUAAUACCUCUUGUGCCAGUGCUGGAAAAUCUGGGCAAAGCAAACAAGAAUGAUCAAGCAGGAUUCAAGAGUGCAUAUUGUCUUGCCAGGGCAGCAAUAUUACUAGAUGCCUUGCCUCUUAGGAAAGAAAUACUGUCUCUGAUUGUUGGCUGUUGAUGGUCUCACUCCUGUGAAAUUAUUUCUGUGUCCUUUCAGUUGCUGGUAGUUCGUUCAUUUUUUUUUUGUCAUACUGUAAAAUGUGGCAAAUGAUUUUACUAGCGUAAGCACUUACAGGUGUUGCAAUAAUGGCUUUCAAGCUCCAUAGCACUCCUCCUCAUGGUAAAUCUGCCCCCUUAGCAUGAAGGCCUUUUAAAAUGUUCUUUUGCCAUAGAUUUGACUAAUUGUUCCAUUGUCUGUUGCAAAGUGUACUGUUAUAACCACAGCACGUACACUUAUUUUCUGUAGACCUGGAAAGAAUUAAAACUGGUUUCUUUUGUUAAUCUAUAAAUUCUGAGAACUGUUGUAGUGAGAAUUGCCCUCCAUCCAGUUGGCUUUCCAAACCCUUAAGAGCAAGGUAGUGCUAUGUUAUCUUCCUGUACUAGAAUAUUGCUUUUUAGCCUUGCAGUGUGCUGCUGUUAAGGUUUUACUACUCCGCAGAGAUCCUGGGCUCAUAGAUCUCUCAUUCACAAGGACCCCUUCUACAUAAUGCCCUGAUUGGUGACAAUCAGGAAGCAUUAACGUAUGAUAUUUUUGAUAAGGGGAUUUAGAGCUAUUGUGGUAUUACCAUAAAAACAGCUCUUUCCCCCAGUACUAUUAGUCUGUGUGGAACAGUAGUGAUCAGAACUGGGAUCCCACGGGCAAUGUGUGAUUGGCAACACUGAUCACCUGCAGGUGCAUUUGUACAGAAGUCCUCUGUGCAUAAUUGCCCUGUCAGUAUUUCUUAUUGAGUCACAGUUUGUUAAAGCUUUAUCAUCCUUGGAACAAGAAUGCUAAAGUUUGGGGUUUUAGCUGGAGCUGUAUACCUGUCCCAAACCUUUGAGUUCUGUUUCAGCAGCUGUCUAGCAACUUGUAUGCCUUCUAGAUUGGCCUUAUUAACUAGCAUAUGGUUCUCAUUCUACAAGAAACUGAGGUAUAUCCUUGUAAAUUCCCCAAAUCUGAUGGCUUACUCUAGCAGAAGGUAAGAUGGAAAAAAUGAAAUACUCCCCUCCAGAGAGUCAGAAACGUUAAAAACAAUAAAACAAACAGGCAAUAUGCCUAUAGAAAAAGAACGGUCUGCUGUGAACCAGCAGCUGCACUAAUCAACUAAUUUUGUCUGAAUUAGGUUUAAAUUCCUUUAGCUCCAUGCAAUGCAUUACCAGCCUCAGUCACUGAUUCUGUUAGGACUGAAAUGGAAAUGAGAGAUGGGAGAGGUGUUCAGGUUCUUGUCUGAACAUGUAAGCACCAAAUUGUGUAGGGAUUCUGGGUCCAGUGUACAAGCCCUGCCCCCAACUUCAUCAUGCACACUUCCCUCAUUCAGUCCCUGACCUUCUCUUGUGUAGGGAAGGUCUGUGUAGGAAUUCUCCUCAUGUGAAUGCAAGUACAACUCUCUUCGUGAUCAAUCAUGUACAAGUGAAUGUGGGUAGAAUUCCUAUAGAAGAUGGGAAGGUUUGGAGACUGAGCAGGGAAGAGACGUGUGCAGUGACAUUGAGGGUCAAGCUUGCAUGCAUGCUUCUGUCCCUCUACGUGGUUUGGUACUUUUGUACUCAUGCCUAUACACAGUUGGAGUUGGGUGUUAUCAACUCCUGAUGACAUAGCACUCCAAAAACACUGAAUAAUCUUGUGCAGUGGUUUCUCGUAGAUGUCAGACACCAUGAGGCACAGAAUUGAACUUUUCUCCCUUGUUGGAUAUUCUUCAGUAAUGUUAAUUUAAAUUUGAUAUGUAUAUUUUAAACACUGUUGUGCACCACCCUAAAAUGAUGUUAAGAGUGGUACAGAAAUGUGUUGUAUAUAUAUUAAGCUCUGCUUUCCUGCAGCUUUCCUAGCAAAAGGACAGUACAUAUUGAAAAUGAGGAUUUGUUCUGGUGUUACUUAAAUACAGUAACCUUAAAUGGAUUUGUGUUGAUGUGUAGUGACAUUGACUUAAACCUUCGCUGUGGACAGAACCCUGAUUUACUUUUGUAUGCUUUGGUUUAUAAUUGUAUUUUGAGUGCUACUAUGGCUUCUCUCUCCUUUCUCCUCCUUAUCAAAACCAAAAGCUUCUGGUAGCUAAAUUAAUUUCUUAGUAUUUAAAUUUUAAUAUUUGGUUGUAUGAAAAGGAAAAUGGAAGUAGUUUGCACACACAACUAAAUUAGGCAGAUCUUCUAAGCAUCCAAAUGAUCCUUUCACCUAGGUAUCUGAAGGGUUGAUUAAUGAUAGAAUCAGAAACGGUAUCUGCCUUUGACUUUAAGAUAAAAAUAUUGGAAUUCCACGGAAACCUGUUAGAUAUUGUUUUAUUUAUUACUUAACCUAGAGGGAGGCGGGAUCCUAGCUGAGCAGCUCAGGCUUGUGACAGUUUGGCCACAUCUAUCCCAAGGUUAUCAGGGUGGGGACAAGCCAUUUGAAUUCUUUGACAUGUCACUGAUGUUCGAGUCCUGGGAAUCUUGUCUUAGCAAGAUGGUGAGCUAUGCUCUUGUUACAUGUGUGCUAUUUUGGGGUAUUUAAGUAACUAGCCAUAAUGCGCCCCCCAAAAAAUUAGUCAUACUAUGAUGAUGUCAAUAUUAUUUGUAUGAAUUUUCAGUAUCCUAGGAGUAGCAGACUUAGGGAGCAGUGUAUCUUUUUGUAAACAGGUUCUGGAUGUUCAGCCUUGUAGCUGCAGAAGACAAUUAGCAGGACAUCAGUUUACUUUUUUGUAGGAUCUGGGGGUGUCUGUUUCCCUAUAGGUUGUUUUUUCUCAGAUUUAUUUAAAAGCACGAGUAUUUCAUAUUACCAGUAUCCCGCAAUGUGCUAGAAGAUUGGGAGCAAUUAAUGCCCAACACCUGUGUAAUGUGAUUUCUAAGACAAAUUGCUUUAUCUUUAGCAGGUGCAAAUGGCAAAGCUUACAAUUGAAUUUCUAUUUAUUCUUUUUUGUUUCAGCUUCUCUCAGCUUCUAAAUUCUUUUCUUUUCCUUUUUCAUUCAUUAACAUUUUGUAGAAAGGUCUUGUAGGUGGUUUAUUUAUGACACAGACAGGAAUUCAGAGAUGCUGAUAGAUUAUUUUUUUGCUCGGUAUUAUGCUGCCUCUAUAUUUAUCUUGUAUAGCUGAAUCUAUAUUAAAGAUGACAUACCAAGAUCAGGGGAUGAUGGAGAAAGGGAGAGAGAUACUUCAUCAUCUUCAGAAAUUGGUGUUCUUACGUAAUGCCAAGCCUUUGUAUUGCACCGUUCUGUAUUUCCUCUUUUGUGGCAAACUGCAGUUGUAAGCCAUGAUCAAACCAUGGUUUGCAUUUCAGAUUGCAGACAAACUUUGGUUUGCACAAACUAUGUUUUUGCCUAUUUGGAUGUAACUGCAAACUGGUUUGCCACAAAAGAGGAUGUGUAACAGUGUGCAAGGGGAGGAAGGUGUGUACAUGCCCAAGGCUCUGUUUGAAUUGAGCCAGUGUCUAGGAACUAAAAAGCCUUAGAUCAAGCCUUUUUGCUAUCUAAUAUUCUUUCAUUGGUUUUAGAGGGUCUUUCUUGAAUUCAUGUUUGGACUUAUUCCAAAACUAGUAUUGCAGUGCUUUUGUUGAGUUUGCUAAGUAAUUUGAUUAAUUUUCCAUAAUUUUACAUGAGUGAUUACUUCUGAAGUAUUCUCUGCUCUUACCAUAAUCACAGUUUGUGAUAAAUGUACAAAUUUCCACAUUAAAUUUUCAGCUAUCAGGUUUGACAAGUUCCUUGGUUCAGGGCUGAGAGGAAGGGCUUUAAAACUAUGAAGCACUUCUAAAAUUGCAGCUGAGGAGCCCAGAGUUUAACAGUCCAAUCCUAAACAUGCUUAAUAAUAAUAAUAAUCCUACUGAAUUCUUUGAGACCUUCCUCUUACAAAGUAAGCUUCAUUUUCAAACAUUUGACAGUGAUGGGUAGAAGAUACUGGAGACUUUCACAUUUGUCUUGAGAUGAACACUGUUCAUAUUGGAAGACAAAAAUAGAAAAACUGUAUUUCUUCAUGCAGAACCACUUGUCAGCAAGAAAAGAAACCUAACACAGCUGUGGAAGUCUGUUCGACCCAAUGUAAAAAAUAUCCUUUAUUACUGACGCAAAAUUCUGCACACUUCUUCUAGCCUUAAAAUAUGCACCAGCGGCUUUGUGGCUUUUUGACUAAUCUUCUUUUACUUCAAAAAUACACUGACAGAAUAUUGGCUCUGCAUGUAUUUUUGGAGUUAACAUGAUCCCUUCAUUUUUUCUGUUUUCUAUUAAUAUUUAUAAACCUUUCUCGGAAACCCAACAGCCACAGGUAUGGUGUUUUCUUUAUGGUGUUAUCAAUGCAGGCAAUAAAAGGAGAAAGACAAUCACCAGCCUAAACUUAACUCUAGAAGAAUGUAGUUGCUUUAUGUUACGUAGCAUAACUAAUAUUAUCCUUCUGCAUUUCAUAGGAAUAUAAUACAGUUUUAUGCAGGAAUUUAUAAACAACCACAGAAAUAGACAUACAGUUAUUGUAAUAUAAGAGACAGAUGGUCUUGAUUAAUAGCUAAAAAAAUCUAGUUGCUUUAGGUGCAAUUGUUAUAGUAUCCUGCCCUGUUACCUCCAUCUAGAUUAGAUCCUUCAUGGAAAGUAUAUUAUUGCAUUAGUUUUAUGUUCACUACUCUGUAUAAAUGCAUUUAAUCAGUGCUGUAAGAGAGAUAAAGUUUUCAAUUGAUAUAAAAUGUGGCAAAAUUCCUUCCCAAUUUUUUUUUGGCAGAGAGAGACUGAGAACACACAGCAUUGAAUCAUCAGGAAAAUUGAAGAUUUCCCCUGAACAACAUUGGGAUUUUACUGCGGAGGACUUGAAAGAUCUUGGAGAAAUUGGACGAGGCGCUUAUGGUUCUGUCAACAAAAUGGUCCACAAACCAAGUGGGCAAAUUAUGGCUGUUAAAGUAGGUGAUGCCCGUAAUUAUUCUUGUACUUUCCAACUGCAGGGGCAAUAUAUAGUGGAUAAUUUAAUAUCCAUCCAUCUUGCGCUCAGCAGUUGUUUGCUUUCCCCCGCUAUCUGUAUAUUUUGCCUUGUAGUUUAGUGUUAUUAAAUACUUAACUGGUUUGUAAAAUUAUGGGUUAUAAAAUUUAAGGAGAACAUCUGUCAGUUUACCAGCUGCACGCGUUGCUGCACUUAGUAGAAAAACACUCCCGGCAGCCAGCCAUAAAUUCCUUUCUUUAUUUUCUUCAGACAAGAUUACGUGCCGAAUAAACAAAGCGACCCGUCUCUCAUGACGCGUUGCUCUAACUACUUUCUCUUUUCCCUCUCCCUCGAGACCAACAGAGCCAACGGCUCAGCCCCUUCCGUUUUCCCCUGUGACGUGGAUCCCCUUCUCUCUGAAGCACCCUUUCCUCCCCAGACUCACUAUCCUCUUCUCUGUCUUCUGAGGAGGACUCAGUACUGAUCAGUGGGGAUCGUUCCCUGUACCCUCUAAUUCUUUCUUCCCUCGCUGCCUGCAGUUCCCUGACAACAUCUAAUAUACGUAAGCUUCUUUUUAACACAAACGCUGUAUAUAUACUGAGACCCUUUAUCUCUAGGUUCCUGGUUUUAAAUCCAGCUCAGGUUUAUUAUUCUUAAAUGCGGUUUUGCAGUGGACAGGUCAGGGUCCUUUGUGAAACAAAGCUAGUUGCCUUUCUACAGUAGUUUUCAUUUUUCCUACUUAUCUACUUGCACCAGUGUGUUUUCAAACUGCUAGGUUGGCAGGAGCCUCGGACAAAGCAACAGGAGCUCACCCCAUCAUGUGGAUUCGAACUGCCGACCUUCCAUUCGGCAAGCCCAAGAGGCACAGUGGUUUAGACCACAGCGCCACCUGCGUCCCACUCAUUUCUUGUAAUACUCUUUUAACAACACUGGGCUAUAAAAUAACUUGAAGUGAAGGCAGAAUUGAGCCCUGUACUCAGUCCAGUUAUCAGCAAAUAUACUGGCAUGUUUCAUAACAUGUAGGCCACUAGUCAUCAAGUAUAAUAGGAGUAGAAGAGGGCGUGACCAGUAUGCUUUAUGGAAUAUUAAAUGUUCUUUACCCUGCUUUUUCCAGCAUCUGUGUCUGUGAGCUACAUAAGUGACUUCUGGCCUACAGGGAAUCCAUUCUGUCUUGUUCCCUCCUCUCCCUGAAUUUGUAGGGUGGCACAUGCCAUAUUUUUUUCUGUGUAGCCCUGCCUCUGCUGAGUCCUGUUGAGGGUCAAUAUUUGGGUUUUCCAUAGCAACAAAUUAAGGUUUGUUACCAAAUAAAUAGGUUGGUACCAACAAGGAGUUGCUUGUGUAUGCUGCAGUACAGCACACAUAAUAUGAAUGCAGAGGUGGACAUUUGUAAACACAAUGGACAGGCUACCUGAGAGACACAUCACAUUGCAUCUCCCUGAUACAUCUUUAGUGGGUCCUUGGAACAUUUAAGGAUUCACAUAACUUCCACGUUGACCUCAGCAACUGUCAUACAUUUAUCUGUAUGAUAGACACAAUUGCCAUAUUCAAACUUUGCUAUUAUGGUGAUGUUUAAUCCAUUCCCAUGUAUUCAGUAAUAAAUACUAGAUAAUAAUAAAUUAUGGGAGGAAUUCAGCAUUCCUCUAUUAUAAUGAUUCUCUCAGCUUGCCAUACAGGACGAUCUCCUCCCUGCCCCCAGGGAUGCUUUUCUGGAGGUUCCCACAAUCACUGGAACCAGUUUGAUCUUCCCAGGAUCACUCCACCUUGAUUUGUGCUCAGCUUGUGUUUUCUGUGGGAAGUCUUGAUAAUAGGUGGCUGUUGUCAAAAUGAUGCUGGAAAAAGAUUCUAUAUAGAUGGCCAGUAAAAGAAAAGUAAAAGAAAAGAAAUAAUUCUAAAAUUCCAUAGACAGAAUUCUACAGAAAACAGGAAGGUCAGGCAGAUACCAGCAGCCACUGAAGAAAGGGAAAUAUGGUAAAGAAAUAUUAGGAGAGGAAUUCCGGAGAAGAAAAUGGGAGCAAAGUCAGAAAACUCUGGAGAUAAACUGUGUUUUUGCAGGGCUCUUGAAAUCAAGGAGAGCACAAUGGCAAGUGCUUUGCAUAUUUGGUCAUGGGAUUCCUUGGGAAUACAAAGAUUGGAUAAUGUAUUGUAUACAAAGGCUAGGAAUAGUUCCAAGCUGAAGGGAAUUGUGAAGGUUAGAGGGCAUUGGCCUAUAUGCAGUUUAGGUAUUGCCCAGAGAGUUAAGAAACACUGGAAAAAGGAAAAACAGAUGGAGUGUGUUAUAUUUGCAGUUGUGUUUUAGAGUUCCCAUUUCAUCUUCUGUAUAACAGGCAGUUCUUUACUUGGAUCAUUCUGUUCUGCCCAUCACUUCCUGGGCAAACAGUUGAGCUGCUUACUAUUUGUACUCUGGAAUGUGUAAUGGCUUUACAGCUGUAGAAUAAUUGUGCCCAGAAGAAUUGUAUAGUGUCUCCAGAACAAAGCAGAACCGUCCCAUGUCUGCUAUUAUAACUUUCUCAAGUGGCUUUGGUCAGCAUUUGUUUGGUGGGGGGUGGUAUGGUAUUUUUCUUUAGAAAAACAGGGGUGUGGGUGUUCAUGCUGAUUUUCGAUUGGGGCUGGAAGAGAGGUUAGCUGUUUAGCCCUGCACUGUUUUCCCUGGAAAAUCACUCUAUACAGAAGAUUUUUGCCCCAGAAGGUGAUAGCAAAUUGUGGGUAGUACUGGAGGAGGUUGCCUAGAAAAUAGCAAUGGGUAAAGGAUCAAAAUCUGGAUUAGGAUUAGGAUCCACUGCAGUUGACUUUUCUAAAAGGAGAGACAUUGGCCCUUAGUCACAGAUUGGCUACCAACGUGUCAUUCUUUAUGGAGGGGGUGGGGGACCUUAGGCCAAGGGACCAAAUAUGGUCCUUAGUGAUCUUUCCAGACCAUGCUUCCUCUCCAAGCCACACCUGUGGCCAGCCUUGCACUGCGGCCUACUCAAAUGUUUUUGUUAGGCUGGAAUGUGUCCCAUGAAUUGAGUCAUGAACUGAAGAAAAUACUGCCUAAUAAAAGGGAAUAUUCAUCCUCAAAUAUGGAUCGUUGCAUGAUAAUGAUAGCAUAAAUCAGCCUUCCCCAACUUGCUGUCUUCCUAUCAUCCUAAACUACUGGACAAGGUGUGGUGGUUAGACUUCUGGACUAGUACCUUGGAGAUCAGGUUUGAAUCCUUCCUCAGGCAUGUAACUCUUUGGUUGUCCUUGAGCUAGUUGCUGUUCUUCAGCCUAACCUUCCUUACAGGUUAGAGGUUAUUUAUUUUUCUUAAAAAUCACCUGAGCUGAUUAAAAUGGUUCAGAUGACAUGUCAAAGCCCAUGGGUUUGGCCUGGAGUGUGGAAGGAGUUAAGCAGGCGCUUUUGAGCAGUACAUGGUUCAUGUGGGUGAGCCCAUAAUAAGAUAUUAAUGUGACAUGCAAACACAGCUAGUUCUGUUUACUUUAAUUAUGAUAUCUCUUCCUUUCUUAUUCUUUCAGAGAAUUCGUUCGACAGUGGAUGAAAAGGAACAGAAACAGCUUUUAAUGGAUUUGGAUGUAGUUAUGCGAAGUAGUGAUUGCCCAUAUAUUGUUCAGUUUUAUGGAGCACUCUUCAGAGAGGUGGGCAUUCAAAAUCUGCUUAGUUUGUAACAGAUUUAGUUAAUACGUUUUAUGACGUUUUAAUGGGUAAUGAAGCACAUUAACUGAAGGGCAGGCAGUAGACAAUUUGCAAGGGUAAACUAGUUUGGUGGGGGAGAUGCAUGUAAAGAAAACGUUAGCACUGCUUUAUCUCUAAAAUGCCUAUUUCAUUUCAGUGCUUCUCAAAAGGUUCAUUAUAAUCAUGUGUUAUACACUUGUGGCUUUCAAACUUUCUACCUUUUAUUACAUUUCACUUUUAUCACAUUCCUCCUCUUAAGGAGGUUGGGAUGGUGCACAUGGUUCUCCCCCAUUUUUAUCACAACAACCCUGCCCGGUAGGUUAAACUGAGAUAUAAUAGCUGGCCCAAGAUAUUGAGAAGCCUAGUAAGCAUCUGACUACUCCAGGGGUCACGAGAAAUGCAAUGCCAUUGUAUUUUGGGGUGGACAAUUGCUAUUGUAUUCGAAUGUCACAUGCCGCCUAACUACCGUAUGCACUCAUGUAUAAGCUGACUUUUUCAGCACAUUUUUUAUGCUGAAAAAGCCCCCUUGGCUUAUACUCGAAUGAGGGUCCCACCUGAGCGCAUUUUCAGCAACCCCUCGUCGGAGCAAGCUGUUUGCUGCCGCCGCUCGUGCUGCCACUGCUCUGCCAAGCACGGCUCCUGUGCCUGCCCUUGCGAGCGGCAGAGGCUGUUGGUGGUGGUGGAGGAGGAAUGAGCAGCCUGAAAGCAGCCCUUUUGGGCUGCUCGUUCUUCCUCCGACGCUGCUGCCACCAGCCUCUGCCUCUCGGCAGCACCCUAGGUAGGCAGAGAGACUGGAGGGGCUGGGGGAGAGAGAGAAGCCCCCUCUGCCGUGUGCGCAUGCGCACACACGCUCUCCGGCCCACUAGGAGGUUUGUGGUGUGGUGAACCGGCUUAUACUCGAGUCAAUAAGUUUUCCUAGUUUUUUGUGGUAAAAUUAGGUGCCUCGGCUUAUAUUCAGGUCGGCUUUUACUUGAGUAUAUACGGUAAUUGAUUAGACCAAUUGUAAUUUGACAAAAGAGGAAGCAGAAUAUUUUGUGAGGCAGACCAACCUGAAGUUUGUUCACAGAAAUAUGUAUGUUCUGCUUUGUCUCUCUUCGUAAGGCAAAGGUUUGCAUCGGUGUUGGUUUGUAUGUCCGAGGACCUUCUUUUCUAUGCUUCCCUUUCCAUCACAGCUUAGCAAGAGUUGCACAUUGACCACCCCAUGUGUGUAUUUCAGAUUAACAAUAAUAAAACAUGUCUUGCUUACUGCUUUUUUAUUCUUAGGGUGACUGUUGGAUCUGUAUGGAGCUCAUGUCUACCUCGUUUGAUAAAUUUUACAAAUAUGUAUAUAGUGUAUUAGAUGACGUUAUUCCAGAAGAAAUUCUAGGCAAAAUCACUUUAGCUGUAAGUAUUCUUUCUAUUCUCACUGCUGCCUUUUUUGUGUGUGCACACUUCUGCUUAGAUUUUCAAAUCCAGGAUCUAGGCGGGAGAUGAUUUGACUUAUUUAGGCUUGUUGCUGUGAAACCUAAUGGUUUACCAUAUACUGCUCAGUCUCUGCCAGGGCGGCUUCAGAAUAUUUUUUUCUUCUGGUGGUGGAGGGGCACAGAAAGUACAAAAUAUACUUCUAGGUGGGUGGGUUGUGUCUCACAUGCUAAGAUCUCUGAAAGAAAAAUAGCAGUAUAUGCCAAUGACAGGAGUCCAGCAAUGGGGAGGCAAGAGUGGGGGUGAGCUCCUUGGUUGGGGAGUGCACUGCCCCCUAUCCCAGCACCACCCAUGGCCCCUGCUAGCACAAGCGGGAAACAAACCAUGGUCUUACACAACCAUUUCUAUCACAUUUUGUUUGCAUUAACUACACUGUAACAUGGUAUAGCUGUUAAAUGUUUAAAGGGAUGCGUCUGCAUUUCUGCCUUAUCAGCUGUCUGAGAUGCAUCUUUAAAUUGUUUGGCUUUGGAUUGUGUAAUAGGAGGCAUUUUAUUAUUUUUGUUCUCAAUAAAAUUUCUCUUUCUCUCCUAGACUGUGAAAGCACUAAACCACUUAAAAGAAAACUUGAAAAUCAUUCACAGAGGUAGGCUUUUCUGGAUUUGUCUUUCUUACUGUGUGGUAUGCCUGUCACACGCAGUUCUUCCUGAGCAUGCCUGUAGAUUAUGCAAAAUACAUUUGUGAGCCGACUAUUUGGGGUAUUCCACAUGAUCAUUUUAUGUUUCACUAUGUCCGUGUGAGUUUUGGUUCUCUUGGGCUACCAGUUGGAGGCUGACAUUAGGACAGAGCCAAUUGACAACACUCAUUGGGUGUUACAUUUUUUAAGUCACAAGUUUCUGUGUACAGAACAGGAUCAUAGUCCUAUGGGAGGGGGUUUCUCCCAUUUAAGUCUCUCACACACCAAAGCUGCUGCCAUUGGUUGGUUGGUUGCUUGGCUGGCUGAGGUGCCUAGUUUGUUACUCCUUAACAAGCCAGGAUUUGUAAGCCAACAACAAACCAUGGUUUAAGGCUGGCUAGUGAUCCUGGUUUGUAAGGGAGCAACAAACCGAGAUCCUGAGUUCGGAUAUCAUGGGAAGCAAGCUCGAAUCCAGGUUCCUGAUUUAUUUCUCCUGUUAAUUCCAGAGGGGGAGUGACUCUAGUUUCUGUGACAUGCAGUUGCUGUCUUUAGUCGUAACUUUGUGUCUGACGCUAUGUAACUUUCAGCAGUUAGAAACUGAAGUGCUUUGAUUGCAGCUUAUCUGCUUAAAUAUGUUUCUGUUUGCCCACAUCUGUUGCAGAUAUUAAACCUUCCAAUAUUCUUCUGGACAGAAACGGAAAUAUUAAACUCUGUGAUUUCGGCAUUAGUGGACAACUUGUAGACUCCAUUGCCAAGACCAGAGAUGCUGGCUGCCGGCCCUACAUGGCAGUAAGUGGGAUUUGAAAACUUAUAUGUGAUGGGUGAGGUGCGAAUAGAAAUGGAAUCCUUUCUUUUACUUGCUUUGUUGUAAAGGCAGAAGGUAAAUAUUUUGUACAAGAAUGGCUGAGGUUGAAAUCAUUCUUCAGCUUCACAAGCUAAAACUUAGAUGAAGUUAGCUUGAUGUGAGGCUUCUCCAGCUUAAUCUUAGUACAUUACAUCACUGCACACCCAAGGUGUGAACAGCUUUUCUUGCAGUAAUCAAAUCUCUUUCAUGCUUUAGUAACCUGGUCCCUCUACUGGUGAAGGUAUUGGAAGCAUCCAUUUUCUAUGUGUUUGCAUUUAGAUGGUCAUUUGUAGGAGGAAUCUAUAAUGAGCUAGUAAAACCCUGUGGCUCCUACCAGAGCUUUUCCUGGGAAGAAGAGGCUUGGGAAUAGAGUGAGGACAUUUUGGGCCAUGAUGGUUACCAUACAAAGGUGCAGGGAAACGGGGAACAUACAGUUCAGUGAAAUUCCUUUUGAGUAAAUUAAGUCUGAGAAUUGCUUAGUAACAUUCUGAUGAGGAUGUUGGUGCCUUGUGGUAGCACGGAUCAAUAAAAUACAGCUUUAGUUCCCAAAUGUGGCAGAAUAAUUGACUAGUCUAAGAGGGAUGCCCCCUAUUGCCAUUUAAAUAACAGACAUAUGGUUACACAAGAUUUCCAAAAAUACAGAUUCUUUUGCCAUUUGUUCUUAGUUGGAUGUGUUAGUUUUUUUAAGGAGAAGUGAUGCCAGAUUCAAAGCCACAGAUAACAGGGAAACAAAGCAUAUUCUUUCAGAAAUACUGGCCCCAGCCAAGUGAGACUAAUACACUUGAGUUGUGACAUUAAUAGCAGAUGCUUUUGCCAAGCAGAACCAGAUUGGACAAAAGUGCUGCAAAAGAUUGAAUGGUUCAGUACAAUCCUAACAAUACAACAUCAUAAAAUGCACAAAUAAAAUAAGAGGGUAAUUUUAUAUAGAAUAAUAUCUAGACUUUAGGCACCUGAAACAUUGAAAUAUGUUUAAUACUUCACCGUGAUGAUACUUGUAUAUAAUAAUUGUCCAUGGCUUCCAAGCGGGAACCAUGGGAUCUAAUUAUCCUGAGAAGACUCAUAUUAAGGGCUUUCAGUUCAGUCUCCAGAUUCAGUACUUUGGAAACCAGUCCGCCUCAGUCAAAGAUGCUUAAGGGGCUGCCUAAUUUGGCUCAGUGUUUAUCCAAGUCCAAUUCCUUCCUACCCCUUCACUAGUGAGAAAUCAAAAAUUUCAGAAGGAUAGCUGCAGUGAUUUCCCCUCAAGGCCAGUCUUUGCAGUUUUGGGGUGGGUAAAAAAGGAAUCUCUUAAAUCUCCCCUAAUGUUUGCUUCAUUUGCAUAAUUCAUACCUUGUUGCAGGAUUCUGAUUUGCUUUAAAUAGAGUACAUGCAGCCCUGCAUUAGGAUUAGGAUCAUGGAAGGGACAGUUGGUGUUAAAUGAAUCCUUCUCCAUAUCCCACGUCAGUAAAUUCUUGCCUUUUUCUUAUAUAACUGAUAUUCUUCCUCUAAUUUCAGCCAGAGAGGAUAGACCCCAGUGCAUCCAGGCAAGGAUAUGAUGUCCGCUCUGAUGUCUGGAGCUUAGGGAUUACAUUGGUAAGUGAGAAAUGCUAAGGGCUUUGCAUGCUGCUGGAGAUAAAACCCUAAAGCAGCUUGUGAAGCAGCUUUAGGAGAAGUAAAAGCUAAACUGGCAUUACUCUUGUGAACAUGUACGCUGUGAUAGGGCCUGCAUUGCCUCCCUGAAUAACAGACCUGGCUCAGCUUUCCUCUGCUACGCAGUUUGGCUUCCGUGGCUACUUUUUAUCAGCAGUGACUUUACUCUGUUACUAGGGGGCAGCAAUGCAUGCUAAACCUCAAAAGUACCAUGCUUUAAGCUAGGAAAUCUGUUCCUUGCUGCCCCUUUAGAGCCAAUGUAAGCCCAGCCUUCCUAGGUUUGGACCACUGAAGAAAGCAAACUUAGUAGGAGUGGAGAAGAGUGUAUUGAAGCAGAAAGGUAGAAACCAAGGGUUUGGUCUAAUCAGAGACAAUUCCAGAUUCGAAGGGGCUGGCACCCUCUCUGGGCACAUACACCCUUAGCAUUAGCCUAGUAGUCACCCCCAAAGUGGAGCUGACUAGGGGUGGGGACAGGUGGCAAUGGUAUCGAAGGGGGAAACCAGGAACUCCCACAACCACCUCCUUCAUUUCCCUGGAAUGCCUCUGGGCCCUGCCCUAGCAUGUACAGUGGACGCUCGGGUUGCGAAUGUGAUCCAUGCGGGAAGCACGUUCGCAACUCGCAGCAUCCGCAACCCGCAGCGCCGCAUCUGCACACGUACAAGUUGUAAUUUGGCGCUUCUGCACAUGUGCAAAGCGUGAUUUAGUGCUUCUGCACAAGCACUGAAACCCAGAAGUAACCUGUUCUGGUACUUCCGGUUUUGGCGCAGUGCAUAACCCAAAGCUUCUGUAACCCGAGGUAUGACUAGUAUGUUUAUGAGGAAUGGGUAGACAUUGUUUCCACUGCUUUUUUGUGGGAAGCUUGAGGUCCGUCAACCGGAGACAAAUGCAAAAUAGGGGCUUGGGUUAAUGCAGAACACACACACACUAUUAUUUCAUGUGUUUUAAAGGUCAAGUGCUUGCCUGCUGUUUUGUGAACAUUUUAAAUUUAAUUGAAGCAGCUGGUAAGUUGCCCACUCUGUCUCCCCAGCAAUUGCCUGCACACCUCGUAUGAUUCUUCUUCUUUUUAACAAAAGAAGUGGAAAGCAUUGCAGCUCUUCUACAGCAGCAAGAUAGAAUUUCUCCCCUAUCUGUGGAAAGCAGACUUGUGGGCUUUUCACAAAUGGUAAAGUGUGUUUAAGGGGCUCUUCAUCUGAAUACAUCCAGCUGCAAAGACAAGGAAAAAAAGAAUGUUUGUGGGGAGCAGGGGGGAUUAGGAUGCAGAGGGUUGAGCUCUUUUAAGUUGCUACUAUGUCUGGGAAUCUCUUUUGAGUACCGGAACUAUUAUUUCUCAGGUACAAGCCAUCUCCUGCUUUCCCCCAAGCUUUCUUGAUUUCAGCUGGAUAAUUUGGGAGGGUUGCUAUUGUUAAAUCAUAAGGAGUUGGAAACCCUGCACAGACCUUCUGCUGGUGGGGCUUGUUUGGAGAAUCCUCGCUCCCACCCUCCUGCCCCCAUGAACUUUACAAUGGCUAAUCUAGCCCAUGUUGUUCCUUUUUCUUUUGGUGUAGUAUGAACUGGCCACAGGACGGUUCCCCUAUCCCAAAUGGAAUAGUGUAUUUGAUCAACUGACACAAGUAGUCAAAGGAGACCCACCACAGCUGAGUAACUCAGAGGAACGGGAGUUCUCCCAAAGUUUUAUCAACUUUGUCAACUUGUGGUGAGUAUGCCUCGCUCUGGGGCUCUUCAGGGCAUUAGUAAGUGGUUCUGGCUCAGGCUUCCAACUCUGUCCCUCAGCAACUUGCAUGUGGCAGCAACAUCCAAGAGUAUUCAUGUUGCUGGAAAUGGUGCAUUUUUCCUCCACUGAGGAUGAAAGUGGGUUGGGUGGAGAAAGCUGCAGUAUGAAGAGCCACUUGCAAGCCUUAAAUUAAUGCCACAUUUCCUGCAUGUGUGAUGGAAGUGGUGGCUUGGAGAGAUUUAGACAUGUCCUUCCCUAGUUGAGUUGCCACUCAACGUGAAGGCAACGCAGAUCUUUCUUACUGACUUCUCACAUUUGACAAGUAGCACUGGGAUGGUAGGGAGGCCUUUCCUCAGGCUGUGUCUGUAGCAAGACCUUUUGUAGCCCCUAAUUAUAUAUUGGAGAUCCGUUUGUUGUUGCCUCCUCGAUAUAUGAUAGAGGGAGCAGCGAUUGCAUCAAAUAGAGUGCACACUGUAAACUGCAGAAUAUAUCUUUGUAGUGCCUCCUGCUGGGAGUUUGCCUACCUGCAGGUUUGUAGCUGUGAUAUUUUAAAUGAAUGUUGAUAAGCUGUGUUUGCCUCAUUGCAGCACAAUUAUUACAUUGUCCUGUGGAUAAAACGAAGUGGAUCUGAGUCGGUUGCUCUUGUUACAUUUAGCACACCAGAAUGGGCUCAGGAAGCGUUAUGUGAGCAACUUAACAUCGUUUAGUAUAUUAGUGGUGAUUUGGAGCCUUGCAGGAGCUAGAAUAGUUAAAGAUACCUUUAAGAUGAAACAGUUGCCUUUGAGGCUAUAAUCACACAAAAGAGAAAGCGGAGGAGUGGUAUUUAAAGGAGAAUGAUCUAUGUACAUUUUACAAACUGAUUAAAGCAAGACAGUGGCUUCAAAUUCACUACAGUGUUGAUGUGCUGCCACCUGUUGGUUUGACAUUUUUCUGCAGUGUUUUUAAAAUGCAGUUAAUUAGCCUCUUGAGCUGAUUUCUUAGAGGCAAAUGGGCAGGACCAGACUGUCUUUAGUUCAGUGAUGUGCUUUCCUCCUUAGAAAGGUGGGGAGCAGGUUUUGUGUUAAGUAGACAAGGCCCUUGAAAAGCAACUGUGGCAUUUUCCUCUCUGCUGAGCUCUCUAUAUUCAUAUAUGGCUGGUUAUGGUAGUGCAAGAAGGAUCUUUUUUAAGAAUCCCCCUGUGUUUGUUUAUGAAGGGUUAAUUUCAUGCUGCACAGGUCUUGAGAAAGAAGGAAAAGGAAACUUCCCUGAUGCCAGGAAGUUGUUGAAAGGCUGUGUACUUCCUGCAUUCAGAAUUUUAAAACAAUGGAGUGAGAGACGUACUGAUAGGUUGCAGACUUCAGAGUGCUUCUGGUUAUAUUGCAGCAUUUUCUUGGUUACCUGCAGACCAAGAACAGUCCUGGGAUUCCCAAUACCUACAACAUACUCUGAGCCUAAUAGGCAAUACAACGGUGAAAAUACAGUGUCCAGGGCUUCUGCAUAGUUCGGUAGAAAGAGGAAUUUCAAUAGUGCAUCUUGUCUUGCGUGGCUCAUCUGCUGAAAUUCCCACUCCUAUACAGCUUGCAGAAGCCCUGUCCUCUUUUUAAAAUUUAUUUCUUUACCUGAUUGCCCCGGGUGAAAGAGAAGGCAGGUCACUAUCACUGUAUGAGUUGGUUAUAUAGCCACAGCCUUUGGACAGAGAGGUGACUUAAAUGACCAUUAAUGAUCACCAUCAUCCAUAUAGGUGCAUUCAUGCGAUAGAAUUGCAGACUCUGACAGUGUGCAGUGUCUUAACUGCCCAACACUUAAUUUCAGAUGUUUUUCUGCUAAUGUUCUGUCACCCUAAUCCUCUUACUGAUCUUUUUAGCCUUACAAAGGACGAGUCCAAAAGGCCAAAGUAUAAGGAGCUUCUGGUGAGUAUGAUGGGAUAUGUGAAUGCAUGAGACUAGAACUGGCUAAGACUUUAAGGACUUUAAAGACUUUUAACUCUUUUGAAGCGUGGUAUUAUUAUUAUUAUUAUUAUUAUUAUUAUUAUUAUACCCCACCCAUCUGACUGGGUUGCCCCAGCCACUCUGGGCAGUUUCCAACAGAUAUUAUUAGGCAUUCUGUAACAGCACCCAUUGCUAUUCCCAUUUUGUGAGAUAUGAGCUGCAUUCUACCUGUUUAGUGCAAACAGUGAGGCUGGGCUUGCUAUUUUGUCUUUUGCUGUGGUGAGCAAUGAAGCAAGCCCACAUUUAGUUCAUUCAGGGGUUGUGUUGUGUAUCUAGAGAAUUAAAGUUUUUUUGCAAUUGCACAACAUAUUUAAUUGGUAUAAUUAAAAUUUGAUUUUGGGAUUUGUCUGCUUCACCAAUUAUCCAUUUCCUCCCAAACGUAAGGCCAAGGGAUGUACUGUACCCCACCUGCCUUCUCUGUGUGUAUAUGCCCAUGUUGAUGCUUGGACCCCUUCUACUGAAUCUUGUGAGUUGGUACCUCAGCGCAGCAACUCAUAACACCUGUUAAGUUGCAUGGAAGUACCUUUGGGAGCUCACACGUCUUCUGGAGGCACCUUCUGUGCUCCAAAAGUGAGACUAUAUUUUGUUCCCUUCUCUUCUACCAGAAACAUCCCUUCAUCCUAAUGUAUGAGGAGCGAACAGUGGACGUUGCGUGCUAUGUUUGUAAAAUCCUGGAUCAAAUGCCAACGACUCCGAGCUCUCCAAUGUAUGUCGAUUGAUACUGCUGCUACAUCAAAACUCUAGUGCAAAUGCUGAGAAAAAGCAAGAUGUACAGAAUCUCCACCCCGUAUUGCAGUGUUUUAACGCUCGCCCAGACACCAUGUGCAAUAAUGUUGGUGUUUUUCUUCCAUUCUGUCUGUAUAUUAUUGUCACUUAUAAAGUGCAUCCAUGUAAUAAUACCUGAUCACAGUGUUAGUGUCAGUCAAAGAGAGACCUCAUUUUGCUCUUUUUGUGGACAUAUUCAUAAAACGUGGAAAUAAGUAACAUUUUAUUUGUUGACCAUGAUUGGAUAGCACCUAAAGUUAAUUUCUAGACUCAGAGACUUCUCAGCAGCUACUGGAAUAAUUUUAUUCUCUCAAACUCUUCCAAUUGUUACAGAUAAUAUAAAAGAAAGGAAGUUAGGCAUUGGCCUAUCUGAUUCUGAACAUAAACUGCUUGGGGAGAAAGAAACUUUUAUGCAGCCAAAUGAGCUACUUUUACCUUCUGAAGCCAACAAGGGCAAAGAGGGGAUAAUAUAUAAAUAUAUAUAUAAAUAUAUUUCUUCACAAAGUGCAAUAGAUUAAUUGAUUUGAAAUUCUGUUGCUUUUCAGUCACAGUAUAUGUUUUGAAGACAAUUGUGGCUCAGCAGAACUUCAUAUUUCGGAGGGAGAAAGAAGUGAUCAUGUAAAAUGGACUAUGUCUUUACCAAAAAAUAAAAAUAAAAAUGCAUUGCAUUGCAUUGAAAGGAGCUAACAAUUAAACUCAUGAGAGUAUGAGUUUGAACUCAUGGAGAAUAAUGUAUUGUUUCAUUUUCCAAGCAAGCCACUCUUCAGUAGAACUAGGUGUCCUGUAAAUUGUUACCUGGUGAGAUAAGACUUUUACCUGAGGAAUUAUUAAACUACUCAGUUGAAUUUAACUGGCUUGUGACCCCUGAUUUCCAACUCAUGGCUAAACUUUCACCAUUGAAAGGGUACGGGACAGUUCGCAGUUGUGAAGAGCUAUUUUACAUUGUUAAUAAUUAUUUGUAAUUUAUCUCCAUCAAACUUUUCAUGUUUUCCAGUUACAUAGAAACUUCCCACAGAGCUCCAGGUAUGACUUGGAUUUCUGAUAUUAACCAUCAGAUCAAAUAAGCUCCCCAUAUCCCCAUCAGUUGGAUAGUUGGGCUUCCAAAAUCAUUACAAAGAGGAUGCUAAAUAUGUUUGCUUUCAUUUUAUGGAUGAAUUCGUUUAUUAGAAGAAUUUCCUAACACAACGGUAACUAAGAGAACUGGAAUGUUAAGUUCUUAAACGCAUGUGACAGAAAAAAGGAAACCCAGAGGUUAUAUCGCCAGGGUGGGGGAGCCCUUUAAACAAUUAUAUUGUCAUCUCACCUGCAUCCAGUAUGAUCUUAUCUUCUAAGUCACAAGGGGGAGGAAGUGGUGUUUUUUAAAAUCCAAAGUUAUUUGUAAUCUCAGUAACUGUCACUAUUUAACAUGUAAUACUAGAAUUGUAAGGGAAUUAAGCUUUACCAUUGAGUGGGUCAGCGAUAACAAGACCCUGUUACUAUAACCAGUUAACUUAAUUUUCUCUAGUAUACCAGCUGAUUAAUAGGAUUUGGGGGCAAAAACUUGGUCAACACCAUAAGAGAUAAUGUAUUGAAAUGGGAACCAGUUGGGACCAGGGCCAUUCCAAGACAUUUUGCUGCCUGAGGCAAAUGACAAGUGCAGAAGCUGACCAAACUGCCAGGUAAGCACCCACCACCUGAGCGGCUGUUUCACUUGCCCAGUGGUAGGCAAAGUCCCUGGUUGGGACUGUAUUAAUGUAGUAAUUAUUCAUUGUAAUCCACUCAGGUGGAAGAUUUUCAACCUCAUCCAGAUGUUCCCAAACUCUAUAUGCAUAUCUCCUGGCUUUUCCUCUUUGUGCCUGCUGGAAAUUGAAUAGUACUUAGAGCCCCCUUCAUUUUGCAUUCUAUUCUCACGUACGUUAGCAGCGCAUUUCCAUUCGGUCAACCGCAAAUGGAGGUAGCUCCUAUUCAGGCUCAGUGGAUGUCUGAGAGAAACUGACUGUUCUAGCAUAUUAAUCAUAGAUUGAUAUAUUAAGGGUGCAGCAUUUAUAUUACAGUAUAUGUUUAUAAAGAUGUAUAGUGUUCAGAAGCUGUGAAAAUAGUGUAAGAACUGUACAUUGUGAGCUCUGGUUUAAUUUUUUUCUUGUACCAUAGAAAAAAAUGUAAAGUUUAUUGAGAAGCUGAUGUGCAGGGGAUAUUGCCUUAUUGUCUGUAAGUAAAAUGGAGUUUGACAACAUGAUAGCUUCUAAGAGCUUCCAACUAUUUUAUCCUCUCCUGGUUUGACAUCCUCUUCUAUUUAAAAUACUCUACAUGGAAUCAAAGUGUUAAUGUAAUAGGUUCUCCCCCACCCCCCGCCUGCAGGUCAGUUGUAAUAAAUCAAGGAUCUGAAUAUGAUCUUGCUAUAAGGUCAGACAUGAUGAUGGGGAAAUCAAUAAAUGCAAAAUGAAAUUUAAAAAUGCCAUCUUUCUCUGGCCAAGUUUUCCUAUUUAUUGAUGUUUGCAAGAAGGACCAAAAGGGAUGGUGGGACUUUGAGGGGGUGCCCCUGAAAUACAAGAGGCUCAGCUGAUCCUGACCAUUGUUUGACCUUUAAACAAUUUAUUUACUCCCCUGAACAAAUUACUUUGUUUGCUGUCUAUGCAUUUUACACAGUGGUACCCCCAUGCUGACUGCAAGCUUUUUAAUCUAGCAGACCUUCCAUCAGUAGAAUGGGGAGGGGUGUGCUUUUUGUUAUUCCCCCACAGUCUCCUAUGCCAUCUCACGCACUGUUCUGAAGGGUUCCCCCAACCCUAUGGAGUAUGUUUUGGGGGACUUCAGGUUGGAAGGAGGAAUUGCCAAAAAUUGCCUCUUACCCCAUUCUGCUGCUGGAAGCCUUUGCUGGAUCAAAGAGCUUUCUAUCAGCGUAUGGGAGAAAUCAUUGGAUAAUAUUUUUCAUCUUUAGCUACUACUGUAUUUGAGGUCUGACAUUACCACAUGAAUGACCCAGUUACUUGGGUCAUGCAUGGCAUAUAACACUUGUGCAUCCUAGAUUUGAAUUUGCCUUUUGGGCAACAGCAUCACGUUGCUGAUUUAUGUUAUAUUUGUAAUUUAACACAAAAGAUAUUUCUCAUCAGUAGCCCUGCCCAACAAGGUAGCUGCCAUUUGGGACUUUUGUUUCUUGUUCCAUCUGUUUUGUAUUUUUAUGUUACUGGUUUCAAUAAAUUCAUUGAAAUCAUUUUGAACUAAAUUCUCAUACGUUCUCCAGAC